AUGUUGGACGGCAUAAAAAUUGAAGACCAUCCCCUGCGCUCGGGACAGGCCACGCUCGGAGUCAUGCUCGGUGAGGCUUUAAUUCUCCCAAAAACUGUUAAAAAAAUUACAUUAAAGUGAAAGAGAGAGUGUUUUUUGUCAGUGUUGUGUCUGCAUGCUCGGUGCUGUCUUGUUUGCUGACAUUUACGCACACUCUAAACUGGGAAAGACAAUUUUUACGCGCGUAAAAGGAUAAAAUAUUCAAGAAAAUGUGGAUUAGAUUAGAUUAAAUUAUCAAUAAAAAGCAUCAUUGGUGAGUGGGUAAUCUGCAUGUUGGAUUAGUGAUGUUAUCUGAAGGCCUUGUUUGGAGGAAAAUAUCAAAUUCACUUCUUAUAAUCUGCGGUUUUUGCUGUAAUUACACAUCAUAAAACCUGCAUUUAUUUACUCAAGCAGCCAGUGUGUAAAUAUUGAAGGCUCCACAUCACAGCCCUGAACCCGGGCCUUCUCUCCUCCAUAACCCCUCUGCUCUUCUUCUUCUUCCAGGCAGCGAUUGUCAUCAUCCGUCCGUGUGUGAAGGAUGCCAGCGUCCCAUCUCCGACCGCUUCCUGAUGAGGGUCAACGAUUCCUCAUGGCACGAGGAGUGUUUGCAGUGCACCGUGUGUCAACAGCCUCUCACCACCAGCUGUUACUUCAGAGAAAGGAAACUUUACUGCAAACACGACUACCAACAGUAAGAACCAGAUCUGCUCUCCUCUGUUCUGCUGCUGCUGUCUCUCCUCCUCCUUCUUCAGAUGGUUCAGCUCUGCUCGGUUUGGUUGUGCAGUGAUUUGAGAAAAAUCCUGAGAUGGCUGCAGUGGCUGGCCUCCAGGCCCUGUCUGUGUGUGUGUAUGUUAAUGCGUGUGUGUGUGAGCGUGUGUAUGCUCCAUCCACAGUCUGCAAACUCUUUGAGUAAGCGUGGAGUCAUAGCUGAAAUUUUCUAGAUUUAAUCGAGUGUUAAAUUUUUAUUUUGUAUCAAGAUGGAUGUUUUACGGAACUUCACCUGUUGUCUCUGCUCGUCCGGCUGAGCUGUACGGUUUUUAAAAAUACAUAAAAAUUAAGAAAAUGAAAAUAAAAAUAACAGGAAUAAGUGUAGUAAAUCAGAGCUUUUUACACAAGCAUGAAUAAUUAAUAAUAAGAUCAGAUGUGGACAGCACAGAGCUCUGCAGCACGCGCUCAUGUAUUAUUCUUAUUAUUGUCAUCAGGUGUUAUUGUUGUCACGGUGGCCCACGUUAUUUUCCACACUAGUUUCUGUGGAAUCAGAGUGUUUUGAGCUGAAAAAGGAUGUGAUGGGCCCCGAGAGUGUGCAGGCGUCUAUUCUCGGUUUUUAUUCCGCUCUGUGACAUCUGUGUGGGUCUGUCUAUUUCCUGGGUGCACCGUGUGGCCUUCCCCCAUCAACACUAUAACCGCUGUGAGUGUGAGUGUGUGUGUGUGUGUAUGACCUCUCUCUAUGUUUAUUUUUGAGUUAUUUUUAAAAGAUCUAACUCAGCAGCAGCAGCAGGUUAAAUUCAUAUUUACGAUGAUUUUUUAAAAUUUUGUUUUAUUUUGAAAAUCUAAAGUGUCGACGUGCCUUUAAUCCUCGUAUUUAAAUUGACUUCCUCUUUUUCUUUUUUGAAAAUUAUGUUUAUUUUUUCUUUGUUUUCUUUUAUUUUUCGCUUGUUUGACUUUUUGGAGAUUUUAUUUAUUUUAUUUUCUGGGAUUAAUCCGGUUCAUGAAAAUAUCCGUCUAUAAUCUGAUCGGAAUAACGCGGAGGCCUGUCUGUCAGAUAAAUGUGCUUACUCGGAUUUAGUCGAUAUUAAUCAUGAGAAACAAUGGAAACUACGAUAAGUUUGGACGUCUGCGCACGCGCAACUCGCGCACGCAUAGAGAUAAUUUUUAAGGAAUUAAUAAUUUAAUCCCAAAAUGAAAAAUAAUUUAAAUACAAUCCCGUAAAUUCAGUGUAAUUGUAAUUACAAUUAAAGGUGAUAUUGGGAUUUGUAGUUGAAUUAUUUACCCUCCCCAAAUUACAACAACAUGAUAAUUUAAUAAAAGCGUAUUAUUAAUAUUGUAAGUGCUAAAAAUAAUAGUUUAAUGAAUUAUAGAUACACAAUAAUAAUAAGUGAAUUUGCCUGUCAUGCUUUGUGUUUAAAUAUUGAAUUGAAAUAAAGUUUAGGCUUAUAAAAGGAGGUAAAACGUCAGCUAUUAUUCAUGGAGUGGGAUAAAUUAGUAAAGUUAAUGAGUUAAUGAUCACAGAGUGCAGGAAAGUGGGCAGAUAUUGUGUUGGAGGUGAGAGGAGAGCUGAGGGCGGCUGCUGGACGACCCCGGGGUGUCCCUGUGUUUCUCAUCACACGAGCGCUUUUCAUGCUUGUCAGUAAAUUUUCAGCUUUUUGUGCACGGCCUUUUCAACAAUUCCACUUCGAUUACCGGGACAUUAUGACUCUCUGCUAGAUACCUCGUGAGCAACAAAGGGUUACAUCUAUCGCCAUGCGUGCUAUUCAUCCGGCUCUGUGACAGGAGCGUAGUCGAGCCUGAUAACAAUGGAAAAAUUCAUAGCGGUAACUCAGGGAUACCAGAGCCACGGCGUCACGGCUCAGAGGUGACUGGAAGCAAAGAGAGAAAGAGAGAGAGAGAGAGGAGGAGAGAAAGGAGGAGAGGAGGAUCUCUUUCUUUCUCGGGCCUGUUUCAGCUCCGUCCACUUUAAGGAAAUAAACACACAGAGAAGGAAAAGAAAGAUUAUUACUUGUACGCUCCACGUCUGGUCUUCUCCUCUACAUUUACUCAUUUGAAUGCUGAGUGUGUGUGUGUGAGAGAGAGUCUGUGUGGCAACCCAGAUCACCUCAUCCAAACACAACAACCUGCUGGGCGACAGCCUGCUCUCACACUCUGUUAUCCGUCACAUCUUUUAAUUCUUCGCCCUCCUCCUCCUCCUCCUCACACUUUUUUUUAUUUUUUACCCCUCCCAGGUUAAACGCUAGCUGCAGGCCGCCUCCCAUCACGCAGACACGAGUAUCUCUUCUCUUCUUUUUUUUUUUUUUUGUGUGUGUUGUUUAUUCCGUUUGCAUUGAUGGGAUACUUAAGGAUGUAAUUGGCACCUUUUUGACUUUUAUGACACCCAUUUAAGAUGCAUUUGUCAGCCCACAAACUGCUCUGGGCUGUGAAGAGAGCUCCUAGCCUUACAGAGGUCUUCGUGCCUAAUUACAUUCCUACAGCAACUGAUUCAUGCCCCGUAAUCAGCUCUCACUGCCUAUAAUAAAUCAAGGAAUUGGCAAGCAGUCUUUUUUGGCACCUUUGGAACAGGUUUAAGUGCAGACGGGGGAAAACAAUUGUGUACUGUGUUAUUAAACCUCCCACCAACACAGUUCAACACAUCCCGCUCCAUAUAGUGCAAUUAUAUAGUAACAAGAUUGGAUUUUAUUAGCCUUUAUCCCAUAUGUUUGCCUCCUUCCUGCGCCACACGGCUGACCCGUGUUUAUCCUCCGCUUUGUAGGUAUUUUUGUGAAUGAGGAGAGCGCAAAGAUUUAGAGCCCGCAAAAUAAAUCAAAUGUGCAGACGUCAGGCUGAUUUUCCAGAGGGGGCAAUAAAGUAGAAUUUAUGCUAAAAGAGGAGAAAUGCGGGAAUCUAGAGGAGGCUUUUGCGAGGGUUUGAUAAAAAUCGAAGGCAAAAAGGCAGAGCUGUCAGUUUGGACGGGAGCCAUAGAGCCGUAGAGGAGGAACAAGCUCGAACGAGACGGGCGGUAUGUAAAAGGUAGAGUGGAAUUACACCACCCCGAGAGAGUUUGUUGUGCCCUGGUGUUUGGAGGUCAAUUAUACAUCAUUAGAAAGAGGGAGAUCUUUUCCCCGGGGAGAGCUCUCCUCUAAGCGAGCAGAUGCUUUGAAGGCGGCGAGUGUAAUAAGGCCUAUCACUGGACGACACCCCUGUAAUGGACUGCCUUGUUAGGAGCUGCCACGGGCCCCAUCUUUAAGAAACAUAACAUUAACUAAAUAUAUUACCCAGCCUGCUUUUGGGUCCAGUGUGGAUACUUUUCCACGCUCUAUAAAGUUUAACCGUGCGUCUAAAUUUUAUUUCAGAGUGUUUCAUUUGUAAGUUUUCCAAACACAUCAGCGUGCAGAUAUUUUUUUCCUUCCCUGCUUUUUUUUUUUUUUUUUUUUUGAUUCACGUGCAGUAAGCAGAAUGAAAUGGAGGUCACGGUUGUAUGAGUAGUAGAAAAACACAGAGCAGCGGUGAUGAAGCCAUAAAAAAGCAGAGCUCCCAGAAAACCUGUCUCACCUCCUGCGUGCUCGCCGCUGGACCGUCCCCUGGUGUGCUGAGAGCUGCUUUUUAGAAACUGUUUGGAGUGCCCUCCUGUGAAAUUGUUGUUUUUUAAUUAGCCGUGCUUGGGACGCUGCUGCAGCAUUGUGUGUGUGUGUGUGUGUGUGUGUGUGUGCCUGAGAGAUGCUGACGGCUGCAGGGUUCCUGUGUUAGCUCACCAUGUGUGUGUGUGUGUGUGUUUUGUUCACUCCAGGACACUCCCACGUGGCCUGGCACUUUGUGAGCGUUCAUAUGCACACCAAAACAAAAAAAGAAAAAACUCAGGAUGUAGUUUGUGUUGUCAAGCUCGCCGGGCAGUUUUCUAGUUAAUUAAAGAGCUCCUCGCUCCUCGCUCCUCGCUCCUGCUAAAGUAUUUCAGAGCUCUGUGCUGUGGGCGUACGGCUCUCCUCUCUCUCUACGCUCUCGAACUUUUCGCCUGUUUUUGUUUUUUACGGUUCUCCCUAAAAAGGAUAAGAACGAGUCUUUAGCCACCGCUCUCGGGUAAAUAAAAGAGGACCUCUACAGAGAGACAAAUCUAAUGUUAGAAACACUAAGCUGGAUAAUAUUGCUUCAGCUUGCUGGGAUUUUUUAGUGCUCGGCGGGCGAGGAGCUGGCUGAAGCUGGCCCCGCUCCUCUGUAAGGAAGUAUUGGGUUUUAUGUCAACAUGGCUCGGCCUGUCCCUGCAGCAGACGGGGAUGCAUCAUCUGUCAUCUCUCUCCCCCACCUAACCCGACCUAACCCCACCCUCCUAAUGUAUUCACCCGUUAAAGGACCUGUUGUAUGCAUUUGCAUCUGGACCCGCACCUCGAUUCGCUGCUUCCCAGCUCCUCCAGUGAUAAAUAUUUGAUUCACACAUAUUGUUGAACUUGUAUAAAUGAACAAAGCUGUGAUAAAUUUCACACCACGUUCACGCAGAAAGGCCCGAGCAGCCCUCUGUUUAUAUUCUCUGCAUGUUUCCUCAGAUGCUGCCAGUAAAUCUGGAGUAUUAUCAGGUGAAUUCACAAAGGUUUAUUUUUGUAAAGGCAUUUCCGCUGUGUGUUUUAGCUGAAAUGAGUGGGUGUGCAGUGGAGAGAGGAGGGCGGGUCGGGGGGCUAUAGGGAUAGUUGUGCAGCAGUCGGAGCACAAAGCACUUUGCAGGACGCUCCGGGAAGCCGCAGAGGCUCAGCCACGGUAAUGCCCAUCACCACUUUAGAGGCCAGACUGGUGGCGAGGGAUGUGGAGCGAGGUCUCUGCGGCUUUGUGCGAGAGAGAGAGGUGGAGGAGGCGGGGAGGAGGGGUAGAAGGAUCUGCACAGGGAUCUGCCUGGUGUGCUCACAUUACACUGGAUGAUAGCAGAGGGGUGCAGAGGAACUCAAGCAUGCAAUUUGUUGGUAGCCACAAUUUAACCUCAUCUCCUAAAGCCGGCUGUUAGGCAGCCAGUGGGACAUGUCAGUCAAUCGGGAAUGCUAAUCAGUGACGGCGGAGAGAGAGCCAUCGGCCUCGGCGGCGUACUGAUUUUCAUUACUGGCUCCAAGUCCUCGGGCCUUUAGGUUUAUUUUCACAGCGUGACAACUCUUCAUAACAAAAAAGGAAGCCUACCGCAAACCAUUAAAGGCAAUUUACAAAUUAGAUUUUGGCCAAAUCUGCGAAAUGCUAUAAUAGGGCAGGCAGCCGAGAAAUACACACACUCAGCAAAUGUUUUCUAUUUCAAUUUGCGAGAUUACACGUUUAAACGGGAGGAAUUUCGUCUUUUAAGAGGCUGCACUUUUCAGGCUGUAAACUCGUCUCAUCUCAGACCUGUUUGUCUCAUUUCUGCUCCGUCUCUGGAAGUAGCCCACACUUGUUCCUCCAGGCGGCCCCCCUACUCGAACGUGCAUGAGAAAUUGAGACAUGGCCUCUGCCGCUGGCUCGCGGUAUCGCUGCUGGCCCCGACUGUGUAUACGUGAUCCGGCUCUGGAAUGUUUUUCCAACACGUAGGCUUUUCACAGAUACACUAGAGAGGACUGGCAUCAUAGUGGCAAGUGCUGCAUUCAGACUGUUGUGUGCCCAAGGCUUACUCUCACACUCACGUCACACAUUCGAGCUCUACAUGGGAAUGGGCAGAGCUGUGUGUUUGUCUACAUACACCCCAGGUUUUUGUGAGGGUGUGGGCGCAUGUGUGUGUGUCUGUGUGUGUGUGUGUACAUUUGCUUCCUCUUCCUUUGUCUCUAAUCUAAGCUCCUCCACUGUCUCACAAUCGCUCUCUGGAUCUUAAAGACACAUUUCAGCGCCUCAUCUUUGUUGCGGCGUGUCAACUCUGGUCAAAUCGCAGAGAUACAGCAUUUCUUUGUCUUUUUUUACCCCCUUUAAUCUUCAUCAAAUGAGAUUAGCCCCCCAAAUACCGGUAUUCCUGCCCAAAGUGACUGACAGAGAUUUGCACUUUUAUCAUUAAGUGUGACACUAAGCUGGUCAGAGCUUUGUCUUGAAUGGAGGGUCUGACGGAAACGGGGGCUCCUAAUCCUUUUAUUUGUGUCAGGCCCAGAAAAGGGGGAAGAAUGGGGCCGGGGUGGGAUGCCACGGCCCUUAGUCCCCCCUCCAGACCCCGGCCUCCACAGCCAAGUGAGCAUGAGACUCAUCUUAUGUGGUCUAUGCAGUGGAGCGCACACACACAUUUGUGCAUCUACAGUAUGUUGAGAUGUUUGCUCAUGCACGUGCACACGCUCAGAAAACACAUGCACAGAUACCUGCGUCUCAGACACACACACACAGCAGAGCAGGAGAGUGUGAGAGUGUGUGAGUUUGGGUUCUUCUAGGAUGAGAUUAAUAAAGUUUGCCGGUUUCCUGGUCGAGGUCCAACGCCAGGCUUUUGUCCGCAGUUCCCAUCGGGGUUGUGGGGCUUCAGCUCCUUUUGUGUGCGCACCCUCGUGGUAAUCCAUCUCCAGCGGGAGUCCCCUGGGGCACUUUAUUUACUCAUUCAACUGUUUGGAAGUCUGUUAGACUGCAGAUCAGAUGCAGUGAAACCAAUGUGAUUACUUUAACCAGCACUUCCAGAUUCCUGCCCAGCUUCUUCUUCUUCUCCUCCUCUCCUCGCUCUGAGCCGCCGCGCUCCGCAGGAGGGGAGGGGAAGGUCCGCGCCGCUCAUCCCUCUCUGUCUGUCCUGUUUACCGGCCCGCUUCGAGGACCAGUCCAAUAUUCUGCGUUAUGAAAAUUCUGCGGCGGCGGCGGCUGAACCUCCUGUGCCCACACACGGCAGAGCUGCUUUGAUUCUUUCAUUAUCCGCGUGUGUUUGACUUUGUUAUUUCCUCCCUCGCGUUUCCAAAAUACAAGUUCCAAAUCUGGCGUCUGACUAAGUUUCUGCAUUUGUCAGGUCUCUCUCCUCUCUAGAUCAUAAUUCAGCUCCAUAGCAAGUGUAAAAACUAACAUCGAUGUUUUAUUGCAAACAAUGAGAGGGAUUUGGUUAUCCAUCCAUCAACAUAAACCCAGAGCUAUGUAUUUGGGGCUAACCCCCGUGUUAAACCAUUGCAGCCUGUCAGGCUCUCUGAAUUUACUCUCCGUCUCUCCCCGCUGGUACGGCUGGGGAAUUAUGCUGGAAAUCAGCUGCCAGGACCGCCAUCCGCCGCCAGAGCUCCCCAAACCCUGUUCUGUUUAGACCCGGACGCUGAUUGGCGAUGGCUGUCUUGGCAGGAAAACGAACCCGUGUCUGAAAACACUGCAGAUUGGGUUUCUACGUGUCCGACUCAGCCCCGUCCUCUCUGACCGGCCCCCCCACGGCAAGCCAGCGUGAUUUGUGCAUGAGGUCCCGUGACCCAUGGAAGCUUCAAAAAGCAGCGAGGGGAAAUAUUUGGAUGAUCCUGAUGGGGGGGUUUGGGGGGGGUUGGUAAGGGGAGGCAGAUGUGCAGAAUAUGCAGCGAUGACAGGGGAGUGUUAGUGCGGAGAAGAAGACCACUACCCGUCACCGACGCUCCACCGGCGUCCCCGAGGAGGACGGCCGAUAACACAGACAUCAUGUUCUGCAUGAAAAAGGUGGCGAAGCGUGUUUGAAGGAGGCGUUUUAUCAUGGCGGUGAUACUGACGAGGGUCUGCGCCUCACCCCCUGCUCACCCCUCUCCUCUCUCGGCUCUGUAUUAAUAUUUCCCAGAAAGCUCCUACGAUACGUCUUCUUUGGGAAAUUCCACGACUCCUGAAUCCUGCAAAAUGAUCUGGUGUCUCUGAAAGGGAUUGAUGGAUCAGGGGAUAAAACAUAAAGAUUUUUCAGAGGGUGGUGUUUUUUUUCUUCUCUCCUCUCUGGAUGGAGAUUUCGAUUCGCUCGCCUUGAUAAGAAAAAUGUGUUGCUGCAGGUAGAGGCUGUGUUGUUUGCUCCAUUCAUCUACAUUUUCUCCUGCAGCCUAUAGUCGUGUUGUUUGAUUCGACCUCCGAACACAUUAUUUAUGCUCAGGAUCUGCCUCUGGGGUCACUUCAGUGGAAACGUGGGCUGAAGCUUCAUGCAAACCCAAACUCAGCAUUUAAAGAGAACCCGGAUCAUUCUUCAGGCCUCCCUCUGAGAGAUGGUGGGCCGGUGGACUGACCCCCCGAGUGUCUGUCUGGGUCUGCGCCGGCCCUGCAGGCUCGGCCUCACAGGGGGAGCCCGCAGCGCUGCAGGCCGGAGUCCUGCUCUGAAACCAGAGCUCCAGAGUUGUGUUGUGAUCCCAGCUGGAGAGACAGCUCUGGCUCUGAGCGGAGCCCUCUCCCAGCGUGCGGUCAGGGUCACCGCUGGCCUCUCAACCUUCAUCGCUCCGCUCUGCUCCUGCUCCUCGCCGACUCGAACGGCGUUAUUUAUUGACCCGCGUUUUUUUUUCCCCUUCGAAGACUCGCUGCAAAUAUCGUAGGAGUGAAGUUUUGAUGAGGUCGUGUUAUCAAUUACUUCUGGUCUGGAGGUUAGCCUCCGCCAGAAUGUUGUCGGUUCUGCUGAAGCCAUUUUGGAGAUGAAUGUUCCUUCUGAGUCAGACUGUCAGUAAAAGUGCUCAGUCAGAGAAAAGACGGUUUCACUUUUCCUCUUGAAUCUGUGAAGUAACCAGAAAAUCUGGUUUGAGGGAAAAAUGUCACUGAGAGUCGGUGAACGUGUGAGCGUGUCCUCCUGUCUCGUUCUAACACUGCAUGUUGAUCUCCUCCCUCGCAGGCUCCAGCUUUACUUUGCGUUUCACUGUGUUUUUUGCAUUCCUGUGUGAAUGUGCUCGCAUGUGUGUAGCCAUAUGUGUGCCCGCUCGCAUGAGUGUGUAGCCAAAGCGUUGGACAUGCGUUUGGCAGGCGACACAGUCUUUGGAUUCUCCUCUCCGUGCAGAAAGCGGUACGUGCCACCCCAAACCACCAGCCUCCCCCGCUCCACCCCUCUCUAUCAUCGGCAGGCGGGCGGGCGGGCAGGCCGGCCCUCUCCCUGCUCUCCGUGCUCUCCUUUUCCUGGGCCCCAGAGCCUGGGCUGUGGCCUGUGGAUGAGUGCUACAUCCUGGCUGUCAGCACAGGGGUUAGCUGGGGAUUGGCCUGUGGUGGAAGCGCAGUAUCAGGCCCUGUCUGUCAGCUCCUCGUUCCACUUCCUCCCGCCCCUCAGCGCCGGCUGAAACAUACGGCGAGCUGUGACUGACUCAGAUCUCUGGCCUGAGAAUGAAAGGAUCUCCCUCAGAAAAGGCAUAUUCAUAGCCAUGCCAAUGAAAAGAGGCCGUUUAAAACCCCUAAGUGCUCGGGUGUUGUGUUUUUAAACAGACCGCGAAAGCUUUGACAGAGGGUUUACUAUUUCAGCCAGUAUUUCAUUUCAGGUACUGUUAACUGUCGCGCUCUGACAUCCCGAGAACGACUACUCACCCACAGCGUGUAUCUGCGUCCCGUUACAGCUGACCUAACACCUUCGUUUUCUCCCCGAUAGAAGAAUGAUAAAUGUUUGGGAUAUGGCACUCAAGGUGUUUAUUUUCCAUCCUGCCAAUGAAUGGAUCCUGCUCUGAACCUCACCGAGCUCCUGGAGUUUGAACCUUCAGGAUGUCAGACAGGAAUAAUUUUACUUUUAACCUCCUCUUUGUCACCUUAACCUUCGUUUGGGAUCCAGAAAAACUAUUCUGCAGAAUCACCUCCAGUUAGGCGGACUGGUCCUUUAAAACUAAACUUAAAUAUUCAGAUUUUGUGCCAAACCGUCACUCUGUCAGAGAAGACGAGAUGAUCUGAAACACACACAGGUACAUACAUGCUCACACACACACAUGGACGCACAUCUGUACUGCACAUGGUAGCAGGCAGGCUUACACAUGUCGGAGGAUUUGCGACUAUAAUCAGAUUAAUUGGUCCAUCUUUCCUUGGAAACAUCACACACACACUUGAAGGCCUCUGGUAGCUUUCAGCUGGAUGCUGCUUACACUAACCAGAGGCCGGGCAGCAGGCGCGGGGUCGGCGGGGUCACAGCACGCUCCCUGGCAUCAGCAUCGCUUUAUGGCUUACAUGUUAGAGAAAUUACGACAUCCUCGCUCCGUGUGACGGAGGAGGAAUUUCUGUCUCUUCCUCCUGAGAGCUUCGCCGUAUUUAAGCCGCUCUUCGACGGGAGCGUAAACAUGACGGUCCGUGUUGCUUGGCAGACAGUGACAAAAACAUGGAGUGUAUAUUAUAACGGCAUUACCCAUAAUCCUUAUUAACAUUCAGCCGGCUGCAUGCAGGUUCAGCGCUUCAGUGUUUUUCUUGUUGCCCACAAGUAUGUGUACGGAAGAGCGGGUCGACUCUCAUGCUGCUGUUUGUGAUUUUAUUCGAGGUUUGAGCUUCACCACAGAUUUAACAUUAGAAUAAUAGUUUUUAUAUCUUUAUUUCUUCUUCUUCUUCAAAGUGGAUCCUUUAAAUUUGUAUACGCACAGUUAAUCAUAAUGAGUUGUUAGCUACAAAGAGUGAACAGUAAACAGUGUUUAAGGUCAUGACACAGUGCCAAACAGACCUUCCUGGACUCCUCGGUUUCACCUGGUCAUGUGGGAAUAUAAUGAUGAAGUUUAAGUCGUCUGAUAACAUAUAAAUAAUAAUUUGAUUUCCUUUAAAAUAUAUUUACAUAAAGGUUUAAACUCAUUCCGAAUAACUGAUUAAUUGGAUCAUUUCUUUAAAAAGGCGAAAACAGAAAAAACUCCACGGUCGCUCAGAAACUGGACAUUCAGGAUUUUGAUGAGAGCGCUAAAUAUUCAAAUAACACAGGAAACCGUGUUAGAUAGGCAGUAAUUUUAAGGAGUGAAUGUAAAAAUGCUUAAAAAAAAAAAAAUUGCAGUUCCUCAGGUGUCCACUAGAGGCUGCCUCAAAAGCGGCAGAAACCACAUACACACUCAUUCAAAAAUAAACGUCCUCAUAGUCCGGUUCAAACCGGGUUCAUUGUCACGCACAGAACAUUGUUUUAAAUAACUUUUUAAUUUCAAAACAUGAACAUUAUGAGUUUUGCACAUUUAGAGGUCAAAGGUUAGGUCACAUUUCUACAGGAUGUAGUAACGUUUUCCGUCCACGAUGACGGUAACAGCUCAAUAAUUUCUGUUUCAAAAAGAAAAGUUCCUGACCCGGUACAAGAGCUUUAAAAGUCCUGAAAGAAGUCCUGAACUCCUGAUUUAGGGGUUAGAAAUGUGAUCUUUCUGCACACGCUCAGUCUCCCCCUCUCGUAUUUUAAUGGCUGUAUGAAUUUGUUUAGUGUCAGUUAUUUUAUCUGUCUUUGAAUAGCGGUGGGAUGUGGUUCACCAAAUCAGAAAAAUUCAUCGUGUUUCAUUCGCUGUCAGUCAGAAAAAGAGAAAAUCCGCCUCCGCAUACUUCCUAUUUAGUGAUUGUCCAAGAUUUCCGUCUGCUCGCUCUGCUUCAUGUGGUUAACCCCGCGUUUCUGGCACUUAAAACUGGCGAAACAAGCAGUAAAAAACGUAUUUCACAAAUAGUGUUCUGCCCGGCUCUGGUUUUUUCACACAUUCUGGCGCUAAUAAGCUCUGACACACCCUAAACAACCAGCCUCUCAAAGAGGACGUCUAGUGUGGAGCGGCGGUUUGGUGUCCAGGGGAAGCCUGUGGUUCUGGAGCCAGAGUCGGAGUCGUGCCCUGCCGUCCCACAGAGAUGACAGGAAGAUAAGAAAGAGAGGUGGCCUCCCCGCACAAAAACAUCCCACCAGGAACUAAGCUAACCUGGGGGAGAGGUGGAGGGCUUCAGGAGGCUCGUCGGGAUCUAUCCUUACGGGAAGAAAACACACAAAAAACACUCUGUUUCUGGGAACGCGGCUCCGGUAGCCAUCGCUGUAAGAUGUUGCGGUAUCACAAAUAUCCAUAUCAAGUCUAGACUACAACAACAUGCGGCUGUAUGUCACAACUUUGGCUGUGAGACACGGCUUCUCCGAGAAGAGGGGGGAAAGAGGGGAGAGGAGGAGAAGAAGAAGGGGGGACUGAGUCGAAGCGACAGACUCUUGGCAGACUCAGCCCCUGCAGUUACAACUCCGAAAAAAACGCUUAUAGUUUGCAAUAUUUGAGAAGGCGAAGUGAAAAGGUAGCCAUUUUUUCCCGUAGACGAUGCGUAAUGAGGGAACUGUAGGGAGAGAGAGAGAGAGAGAGCGAGCGGUUUUGUGGAAGCGGCACUAACACGGGGAUCAGCGGCAUUAAAAGAGAUUUACACCCGCAGCUCUUAAACAGUUUUCUUUUGCUCAAUGGUUCCCUCUUUUACAGAUAUUUCAAGGAAGUAAUAAACGGCACUGACAAGCGUUGGAGUGGCGCUGAAACAUCCCUCAUGGGCAGCAGAGCUCCAUCACUUCUAUCACCGUGCCUUGGCUCUGCAUCGCUCUUUUCUGCAGCAGUCAGCCUGUUCCUCUCCGUUAACAGCAUUUGGCCUCGCCUCGUCUCGAUAUUACGACCAGCUUGUUGUUGUUUAUAUCAAAGAAAAGUUGCGUAACUACCUUUAAUACAUCAAACAUUACGUCCUCCCCAAGGGUGACUCGGUUCAGCGUUUAUCUGGUUGUGAGCGGCGGUUCAGGCGCACAGACUCUUUUGAAACCUUUUGAAGCAGGCUGCGUGGCUCGCAGUGAGGCCCUGCUCUGUGUAAGAUGUCAUUCUCCCACUGUGCUGACCAACAUGCUCUGUGGGGCCUGAUGUGCCCAUAACAUUUAAUGGUACUUUGGCAAAUGCUGAUGGAAAAUCUUACUUUGCGUAGCGAUCACGUUUGCUUCUCGUCUCUUCGGUCGCUCUGUUUUUUUAUUUACCAUAAUUAUCCAUUCGGCUCUUUGAAAUGAUAAGUAUGAACACAUGACAGCGAGAGAAAUGCGCAUUAUCUGCUAAUUAUUAAGAUUAAGGUCGGGAUAGAUAAAGCAGAACGAAAGGGAACAUUUGUCUUGAGUAAGGCUCGCUUCCCUACAGCGCUAAUGUUUGUUGUCUCGCUAGGAUGGAAGAACAUCACAGAAGAGGGUCUGUGGAUCUGGAGCGGGGACGUGGGGGCCGCUGAGGUACUAAAAAGGGGGAGGAUAGGUCAUGCCAUGGCACGUACGCGUCUCAGUGUGAGAUGGAGAAACAUCUCGACCUCGCGCAGGUUCAAGAAGAAACGGCCUGCUUCUGAUUAGCCGCUCUGAUCUGCAGCGAUAAACAAUUCCUGUGGUCUCCUGCUCGCAGAAACAUCGCUGGCAGUGGCUGCGUGUUCACGGGUGGUUUGUGCGUGUUUGUAUGUAUGCUCAGACAUGCAGAGUUCGAGCGUGUUUAGUGUCUCACCAAAAAUAGUCGGAGUUUGGAUCUAUCUGUCGUGUCGAAUAUGUGCAUCAGCCGCCGGACUGACGUGGAUGUUGUUAUUUACGAUCCAAAAUAUGCGAGCUCUGGGUGAUUUCACUUCGACUCCGGCGAUAUCAAACUGGCGUGCAUGAUAUUUACAUGCAGAAUAUACAACCAUAACCCAAAGUUGUUAGAGGAGAUCCAAAAGUUUUCUCUCGUCUGUCCUCUGUGCCCCCCGACUGUAAACUGGCGACUUUAUCUGUAGCUCCACUUCCGCACAGAUGCCUGGCAUCGAGCCUCCGGGUGAUAAAAACGUCUUUGGGAGGUAAGUGUUUAUGAUGAGGAUCCUUAAGGUUAGCAGGAUCAAAGCUCUGCUGAAAGGACAUCAAGCAAAGACACGGGAAUAAAAGACGAAACAGCCCGUUAGUCAUACGCUCGCGUUUAUGACAUCUCCAGAGCACGGCGGGGAGAGGCGGGUUUCUGAAUCGCCGUAAAAAAGCGACUUUAGAGUCGAAACGGGUCAGCGAAACCAAAAGAACAAUAGCUGAAGGAGAGACGGAGGACUGUUUGAGAUUUCACACCACAAAUAUACAGAGGGUCUAUUUUCUCAUCUUUGUCCAAAAUGGAAAAAAAGUCGCUGAUUGGACGAAAAUUGUGUUUGACUUUGUUAUUCUGAGAGAAUUUCCCCGGGUUGUGAAGGACACGCUCGGCAGCCUGGUGUCUCUCAUGAAGAAGAGAAGUCUUCAAGAGUUCUUCAGAAGAGACGGACGAUCGAGGCGGACAUUUUAACCUGAUCAGAGAACUUAUCUCAGAGGUCAAAGUUCACAUGUAAAGAUUAAUUUAUCUACUCGAAGGAAAAACCAAAUCAACAUGUUUAUUUAUAUCUUCUUCCAUCUUUACAUCUAAAUCAGUCUCGCCCCGUUGGUCGGACAUGUUUUCUGUGAUCGCCCUCAGGAGUCAGUGGGAGUGGGAGUGGUGUACCACCCCGGCCUGCCUCUCCCCUCUUGUCCACUCAUUUGCUGCGGGCUGCAGCUUUAAGUGGGAAUUAUGACUCUGCAGAUAAGUGCGGAGAUAAGCCGGCCCUGACCUGCAUGAUGUAUGAGGUGUCUGGACAGAGCGAGAGGUGCACCUGACCUGGAAAUGGAUGGUAUGAAGGUACAAGUGCAGCGCCUCGACCUCCUCAGUCAUCGGGCUCCUGACUUUUAACGCCUCCGAUCAGAGCAGAGAUACGAACAGAUUAAAGAGGUUAUUAGAUUAUUUCACAGGGAGUGUGUGAAAGUAAUCGUUGUUUGUGUGUCAGAGGAAGGUUCUUCAGAAUGAUCCAGCAAACAGAAAUGUCAGAAAUUUUGAAGUGGACAAUGGUUUGUGUCAGUUUCUGGUUCUGCCAUAAUCUGAGAAUAUCCAACUAAUAAAAACCAAAACGACACAAAACAGUCUUUAAGAUCCUCUGUUUAAUCCGAGGAGAAAACAAAACGAUGCAACUUAAUUCUCCGUCAGUCGAGCCUUUUAUAGUUCAAACACGAAUCCUCGAACACUGAAACUUCUCCGCAGUAAAUAAAUGACGAAUAUCGACUGAAGAACGGUUUAUAUUUAAUUCCCCGUUUGAGUGUUUUAGUGAUUAUCAAACAUUUGACCCUUUAAAAUAAAAUCUGCAGCUUUGAACUCGUAGAAACACUCAUUUAACUUUGUUCCAUUGGCAGAAGAUUUGGCUGAAAGGUUACGACCUUUACCCCACACACCAGUUUGAAUGAUUAUCGAUGCAGACAGGAUAGUCUUCACAUCAUUUAUAAAUAAAAAAAAUAAUUAACAAACAAAUAAAAUAGACUACCUACACCUCUCUGAAAAGUUGUCCGUAAAAAACUGUAUUAAAUAUUCAUAGAAGCGCCCCCUACAGCUGAUUUCCUUAAAGAUCCUGGAAGUAACACUUAUUUAAUGUUGAAUUUGGCGCCCUCUGUGGACAUUUGAAGGAGUCAUCCGGCUCUUUGUCGCAAAAAAUAUUUAAUUAAAGUUUUUUUAUGUGUUAAAAACUUCUACCAACUCCCUCCUUUCUUUAACCUCGAUGCUGAUUGGCUCGUUUGCUUUUCUAGAUCACAAUAAAGGAUCUAGAUCAAUUUCAGUCUUUUUCAUAACUAGAUAAAACUCCUCACAGAAGCUUUUAAGCGAUGGUCGCCAUAACAUGCGUGGAUCCUCUCCAGAUUGAUCUACGCUCAUGUUACUGUUCCUAAAUUUGCAAAACGAGACACUCGAUUCAUUUUUACACGUUCUGAUCACGUCCAAAACAACCUUGUGUCGGUCCAACACACCAAUAGUUUAGUACCUACUGGACUAAAUUCAGUCGUAAUUCAGCGCUCAUGUCCAAAUCUUUAUUUUCUUCACUAAGUUAUGAACACAAAGUUAAAAUCAGUUUAUUCUUGUGUUUCAUUUUUAGCCGAGAAAUGCUGAUGUUGCUGCUGCUCCUCUAAGGUGUGUGGGAGAAACAUUCCUCCUGCCUGGUAUGUUAAUUCGCAGCUCGGGGGCCUGUACUAGCCGUCACUCUUUGAAGUUUCUCCUCGCGUUGCCUUCUCCCAUCAGGUGAACUUGUGGCCUUUUAGCGCUCUUAUUUAUAAGACGAUUCCUCACAUGUAAAAGAUGAUAAAGUUGACGUUUAACAGGCAGACGACGCUCUCGCACGAUGAGCGGAGCGCUUUGUUAUACACCCCAACAAAUUUGAGCGUUAAAUUUGAUGACACUUACAUGCCAAAGGAGUUUGCUCAUUGGACGGCAGCCAAGGCGAUAAUAAAAAAAAAAGAAGCUAGACCAGAUCAUUACGAUCUGACAGUGUCAGUGAAGCAAAGUACUUAGAGGAUCACGGGUAUUUACCUAUCUCUAUCACUUCUUUGAUUUACAAAUCCCUUCAAUCCGUUUGAGUCAUUGUUGAAAUGUUUCUGCUUUUCACGUCUCAGCUGGUUCCUUCGCUCCUCUCUGCCGACACUAUUUCUUCUUCUUCUUCUUCUUCUUCUUCUUCUCCUGGACUCGCAGUCAUUGUCAGGCAGUCGGCUAAUGUCCAAAAUAAAAGGUCACCCGCUGUUUUGAUUGAAGCGAGCAGUGGCGCUUUGACCCGGCGCACAAAGAGUUAUAGGUGGCCGGUCAGCUUGUCAGUCAGGUUGGGUGGUUUUUUAAUCAUUUCAUCUUUGCUGGGGGGCUCUCCUGAGACCCCUGCAACGUUUAGCAGUCUGCGGCUCAGGACCCCGGGGCUCGUCUAAGCCCUGCCUGUAUCCGUGCUGCCAUUAUUAGCUCUGCUCUCCAGAGCACGCCGCUCAUCUCUCCCCUGAGAGGGCGGCUGAGAAAUGAAGCGCUGCUGCUGGCUGGCUGGGCGCGGCGAGCGGAGGGCCAAUAGCCCGACAUGGAACAGUAAUUACUCCAUUGAUAUUCCUCGCACAAUAACACUGUCAUCUCUCAUUUGCAUAACCUCGCUCAGGCUCGCCACGGCGUAUGAAUGCAUAUGAUCUCGUCAGGAGGCGGCAGGAGUUUUUCCGGGGGUUUUUCGCCAAAACUCAGACGAGGAAGAAGAAGAAGAAGAAGAAGAGUUUGAUUGUGAUCAGGGAAAACACCCUCCUCCUCUUCUUCUUCUUCUUCUUUGUGGUAUUAGAACAUAAACAACACAACAGAGAUGGGAGGAGGAGGCUGGAGUAUCAGUGUGUGUGCAUGUGUGAGUCCGCCUGAGAGGGUGAGGGGGUGUUGAGGGGGUGGGGGGUGUCAGAGGAUGUCAUAGGCCCCUGUCUCAGUCCUCGGUUAAUGGCCAUUGGUCAUAGGCUGUCUCCCUUUUAUUUCUUUUGCUCUCCUGCUCUAUCCUUCCAGGUCUCCCACUGGAGCAGCGCCCUCAGGCACCGCAUCAUUUAUUGCUGUCAGGAGUCACAGGGGAGAGGGGGAGGAAGAGGGGGAGAGGAGAGGAGAGGGGAGGAGAGGGGAGGGGGGGGGUGCUGCAGAGAGAAGCCAACAGAGGCGAUGGGGAGAGGCAGGCACGCUCGACUGUCAAAUCUCAGCCGUUGAAUAUUUAAUGGAGCCUGGAGUGUUUAUUUAGUUAGCCUGUCGAUUUUUACCGCUCUGUCAAUAGCGGCUCCCGUGUAGCCUGCUGAUGAUCUUUAGUGUCUCUUCCCCCAGGAGAGGCCAGGCACUAAAUGCAAUUAUGGAUUUUCCUGCACCGCAAUGUGUUUGAUAUUUUUACUGAUCUAAUUUGCAAUCUGGUAGUUUAUUGUUUGGCAUUUUAGUGGCGCUCAAGUGGCGAGGCAAAUUUGAUUUCCCCUCAUAAUUCUUUAUAACUUCAUUAAUGCUGUUAGCACAUUGGCACAGAUCUUAAAUAAAGCAAGAGAAUCAUCGCAUGGAUGAAUGCAUUCCUCAUUUUAUUGUCUCCAUGCCCCAUUCUUUUUACUGAUUCUGGUUCUAAUUAAAAAUCAUCCUAGUGGUGUGCUGUCUGUGUGAAAUAUGAAAUCAUAAUCCGCUUUGAAUGGCUCCCUUCACAGAGGCAUGCACAUCCAAACCCAACGCCCUGAUCUGUUGUGGGCAGGAGGAGAGGCAGAAUCAAAACAACUUUCUUUCCAGUGGCAUCCGCCAUCUUCCGAGACAAAUGAGCGUAUUAGCGCCGCGGCAACAGAAGUAACAGAGGCGAAAUAAAGCGGGUGAUUGUCUCCGAGAGAGACGGCGCGGUUCCACGUGUUUCUGCAGAGCCGUAGGAUUCCCGGCCCGAUGACGGAUGUCUUAGUUAGAGGGGCAGCAUUAGCCGUAAUGCUGUUAGCAUGUAGCCGUGUGAGUGAUGUGCUAGUUAGAUGCCCAGCAGUAGAGCUAAUGGUGUUAGCGUGUUGAGCCUUCAGAGGGAUGCAAUCGGUUAGGCCGUGAUGGAUGAGUGUCGUGCCGCGGAGGCCUGCGAGCCUCCUCAUUCGCCGAGCUGUCAGCUUCUUAAGUGGACGUGCACAAUUAGCGCCGAAAUCAGAGACUGCUUAAUCUGAUGGCAGGCUUACCGUUUGGCGGGAAAAAAUGGCUCAUCUAGGCGGUGGUGAGUGAAUGAUGGCGGCUGUAAAAAAGAAGAUGUAAGAGAGACGGCUCCGAUACGCAUCUCUCUCAUGCAGUAAACGUACAGUAAGCGGUACAAGACGCCGAAACUCCGUCACGGUCGAGCGGGCGCUGAUACAGGAGAGCUUUAUUCUGAAACUCCACUUCCUCUCUGUGUCAGACUGAAAUACAAUCAUCCUUAAAAGCCUCUCUCAGAAUGAUUGAAUGAUCCUCAGCGCCGAAUGACUGACUGACAGACGCCGUCAUGUGUCAUAGAAAGCAGAAAACACAUUCCACCUGAGGGGUAAUGAAGAGGGCGCACCUUACGCCGCGCACACGCACGCAUACCGGCUCACCGGGACACGUUCACGCAUUGUUGAGUUUCCAAAACAAACAGAGGAAAUAUCAAAGGCAGCGGCGCUGCAGCCGGGACGCCUCUAUCACCUCCUCUAGAUCAACACGACCUGUUCGGGGCCGCCCCAGCGCUCUGCACAGACACAUCGCUGUCAUUACCGCCCAGAUUAGCAGCUCCGCUCGGCUGUGAUGAAGGCAACCACAAAUUACAUUAGUGUCUGUUUGUGAUAUCGCGUUCAGCCAGCCUUGAUCUGACGCUGAACUGUCAUCUUAAAAGGAAUAUAAUGGGGGAUUGUUUUGGAUAAUUGAAUUAAAACUCGCUUUAUUUCCUGAUUACUCAUCUAUCAAUCAACUAAUGACUUUGUUGCUUUUCCAAAUGAUAAACAAAUCAGAUUUCGCAAUUUACACGCAGACAAACGUGAUGAUUUAUUUGUGGAGGAGAGGGUUUGACUGCCUCGUGAAAGUUGCAGUUCAGUUUGAGGUUUCUUCAUGUUUACAGUCGGCCUUUCUGCAGUUUCUCCUCUGCGCUCUUUACAACACAUUGCUCUUAUUUGUAGUAAUCCCCGUGAACACAAACUUUUUAUUCUGUAAAGAUUUUCCUGACAGCAAAGAUCCUCUCUCUAACCGAGAACUGUCAUCGAAUCAGUCGCAACUCUCGCCCUUCCCCUCCUGCGUCACUUGCGGUUUCAGAACAACACAAACCGUCUCCACCACAUCUUGAUGGCAUGAGCUGAGCUGAGCCGGCCUGAGCCCAGCCAUGUUUGUUCUCGGGCCGCGAAUGAAAUCCAUCGUCCUUAUCAGCUGAGAUGAGAGAGGGAGCGGGGCCGAGGAGGAUUCCUCUCCGAGCAGGAAAUGUCAUUUCUCUGUAAUAGUUUAUGAUUCAUCCCUCCACCUUUGACUAAAUAAUGAGGGAUGACAAUUAGAGCGGGCCAAGGGAGGAGGAAUCAAAGGGCUGAGAUUCCCCCUUGGCAGAGUCAGGGCCCGUCUGAGUGUGCUCCCUGCAAACUGGAUCCAGAUGUCGGGGUCUGAGCUGCUGCCACACAACAGCCUCUUUCUGCCAGCUAGCAUGCUUGCUAGCUCGCUGGCCAAUCUCUUGUGUUUGCAAACAUGACAGCAGACUCUCCCAGUGAGAGGCUGAGACAGACAGACAGACAGACGGACGGACGGAGGCCCCGCUCUGCAGAAAAGGCUUUAAUGCUGUGAUGUUAUUUCACCGUCAGGCUGUGUCUCUGUUGUGUCUCUGUUGUGUCUUAGCUCUCAUAAGGAGGUUUUGUCGGGUCUAAUACAGAGUAAUACAGAUACAGAUAUCUGAUAUCAGUAAAGGCUUUGGUUUCAGUCUCUGUCCUCGUCACAAUAUUGUGACAUUUCAGCUUCUCCUUCUGGUGUCUGUUACUGUAUCAGUGUCUGUAUUGGUGUUGGUGUCAGUAUCUGUACCUGUCAAAGUAUCUUUAUCAGUAUUUAUAUUAGUAUUAGUACUUGGAUCUGUGUCGAUAUCUGUAUCAGUAUUUCUACCUGCAGUAGUAUUGGUUUUAAUAUCAGUAUUCAUAUUGGUGUCAUAUUGUUAUUGAUUUCAGUGUCAGUAUCAGUUACUUUGUUGUCUAAGUUUAUAGCCUCAGUAUCUGUAUAAAUAUCUGUAUCAACUUUUAUAUUUGUAUCGUCGUCUAUAUCUGUGUCAGAAUCUAUAUUGUUAUCGGUUUCAGUAUCAGUAUCCAUAUUGGUAUCUGUAUCCCUAUUUGUACCUGCAUAGAUAUCUGUACCGGUGAUCAUAUCUGUAUCGGUAUUGGUUCCAGUAUCAGUAUCUGUAUUGGUGUAGGUUUCAAUAUCGGUAUCUAUAUAAAUAUUUGGUUAUCGGUACCUGUUGAAAUAUCCUUUCCAGUGUUUAUAACUUUAUUGGUAUCAGUGUAGAUCUGUUUGUCAGUAAUUGUAUCUGGAUUAGUUUCAGUAUUGGUAUAUAUAUCUGUCUGGUUUUGGUAUAGAUAUCUGUAUUAGUAUUUUUAGCUUUAUUGGUAAUGAUUGAUUGCAUCAGUAUCUGAAUACACAUUGAUUGGCUCCUGUGUCUGCCAGUAUAGGUGAGGAUAAUAUCUGUAUUAAUAUCAGUAUCAGUACCUCAAUCUGCACAGAUAUCUGUGUGUGUGUCAAUAACUUUAUCCGUCUCUGAAUCUAUCAGAUUAUCGACAUCUGAAUCAAGAUUAAUAUCAAUAUCAGUGUUUUAAUACUUAGAUAUCAGUAUUAGUGUCAGUAUUGACAUGGAUGCAGAAACCAAAGCUCUGAAUCGAUACUGUCAUUAUUAUUUUUUAUUUAUUUGUAGUUUUUUCCAGUAAAAUGUGACACUAACACAUUUCCAGCAGAGAGUCUGAUGUUGGUCAAAAGCGGCUAAAUGUCAGUGAUCAGAGUUUCUCCUGCAGUGAUUUGUAAUUAUUGAUCCUGUUGCCUUCAGAGGGUCCAGGAAAGAAAAAAACAGCACUUGUUAAUCUGUAAUUCAUGUAUGAUUCUUGUUCCGUGGGAGAAAAGCCCCCCUGGAUGUGUGUGUGUUGGCCUUGAAGAUGAGGACUUGAUGUCGAGGGGGGGGUCAGCUGUUGUCACUCAGCACGGCGGCCGAAUCAAUGGUCCAGCACUGUGGUAGAAGAAGAAAAGGCCAGCAGCGACGGCGGCGGCGGCAGCAGCUAUUGAUAUGUUUAACAAAUUAUCCCCGAUAACGGCAGGUGUGAUUGUGAGCGGCGCUCUGGGGUCAGCUCGUCAUAUGGCGGCUAACAGACACGAUAUUGCUGCGUGUCCUGAUCUCUCCAUUCCCUCACAAUGGCAUUAGGGGCACCCCAGGGAAAUAAAGAGUCCCACUCCCCUAUCCCCAGUGCUCUUCAAAUUAACUCCCCAGAAGGUUAAGCUCCCUGAUUCAUAAUUAUUCAAGCCCACCACCACUACCAGCCUCUCCACCACAUCCUUUCUCUCCCUCCUCUCCCUGCCACUUCUCCUGAGUGGCACUUGGCUUUUUGUGGGAAAGCCCAGGAAUUAGAUUAGCUAAGCCUGACCUGAGAGCGAGCGUGCAGCCAGAUGACGGGAGCGGGAUUGGACUUGAUCUCUGCCUGUCUAGCUGUCUCUCUAUUCAAUCUAGCUGUCUGUCUCUCAUACGCUGUGUUAUUGCCUGCGAGCGUCCCUAUGGAUGAGACAUUUUCAGCCGCAGCUAUUCUGCGAAUUGCAUAUAUAGCUCUCGGAGGAGCGUCCAGUGUCAGGAGUACAUCUCACUUGCAUGGGCCUGAUUUGAAUGAUGCGAGGUGUGAUUGGCCUUCAGCUCUCCCUCUGUGCCGGUGACGGUCUCAGCGCUGGUCGGCUCAUUAAAUAAGUGCCAGCGUCAAACAAAACAGAGCGGCUGUUAAGAGGAGACGGAGGGACAGUCUUACUCCAAACAGUCCAAUAUGCUCUGCUGUUGUAGUUUGUAGUUUGAGUCUCUCUCUCUCUCUCUCUCUCUCUCCUCUUUUAGAGUAUUAUUGUGUCUUAAUAUCUGUGAUCUUUAGAGGAAUGUUGGCGGUCUAAAGAAACGAGCUGAGCUGCUUUUAAAGGCAGUUUCUCCUCAAAUGAAAUGCAACAGGAUUAUUCAUGGUUUGGGAGGAAUUCGCCUCUCUCUCUCUGAGUCCACUUAGACUCUGGAUCUCAUUGCUAAGAAGGGGAACUGAGGCUGAGACGAUGAGAACCGAGGACACGAGUCAGUCAUCAGAUGUGAUGUUAAGGUUUUUACCUGCGAGUGCGUUCAUAAUCACCUGUUAAUAGUUGUCACAUGGCUCAAUCAGUGCAGCUCCUCUGUGCGCCGGGCCCCCCCGCGCCUCUGAAGUCAAUUGGGCUCCUCUGGAGGCCGAGGUAAUGUAAUGAGGGACCUAUCUGACUGAGGGCCGGGCUCCUCUCUCUCUGCAAUCACAUAAUUAAUCUCCUGAUUCCACCACUCACCGUGUCCUGACAGAUACGUUUGUGUUCGCUGCAUAAUGGCGAGGUGUUGUGAGCGUCCCGCGUGCCUCUGUUUUGGAAAACGGUUAUAAAAGCCCAUUCCUGCACGGCCUGCAGAGGGUUACGCACAAAACAACGCUCCCUUUGGGCCCUAUUAGGAGACGAAGAGAAACACACACUUCUCAAGCAGGUACCCUAAUAAUAUGUCGGCAAUUUAGGUAAUGACUGGGAGUGAGAUAAACUGAAGCCUGUAUUACAGGUAAUUGGAUCUGCAGUGUGUUGGCUACCUAAGCAUAUAUGGGCUUUGUUUACAAGGAGACGGACUGUCAAUUAUGAGAAGUGUAAGACUUCCAAGCAUGUGCGGUAAUGAUCGCUGAUUUGAGAUUUUUCAUCAGAGCCAGCAGCGAAUCAGAAACCGGCUUCAGGAAGACUUUACAUCAUCCCUCCUCAGAUCCCCGUUUCUCGCGAGCACGUCCAGUUAGUCGGAGGAUGACAAAUACAACACCCGCGGCUGUCAGAAUGAUCAAGUUGAGAGAGUUUUUUUUCCUCCGAGGUGAAGCCGAGAAAAGUUGGAGCCAUAAUGAGAGUUGUCAAGCCUGCGAGGUGAAGCGAAGCGUAUACAGCGUGAAGGUGGGAGCGGCGCGAGGGUGCCUUUGGGGGCCUGGUGGGCUGCAUCUCCCCGGCCUUUAAAGAGAUUACCUUGGCAGAGUAAGGAGCAGGUCUACCCAGAGGGUUCAGGAGGAGAUAGGCCAAGUAGGCCAUUACCAAUACUGCAGAGGACCCUCACAAGCUUCAUUAAUAAUCUGAUGAUGAAUCACUUUAAUUGGGCCUUUAUAGCUGCUGUCGAAUCCCAAGUCCCAUCUUCUCACCUCUCCUCUUAAUGGGCUGGUAGUUUGUUUUUAUUUCACACAAUAAUCAUUUUUAUAAUUGAUUAAGUUUUUGUUACUUACUUCAUGAAGGAUGGCCUCCAUAAACACAGAUUGUUGCUAAUGGGACGCCUCUUUAACGAAGCCUCCUUUCUCUUUUUUUUUUUUCUAAAAUGCUUCAUUUGCGUCUUUGUUCAGAUAUGUCCAUCUGGUUCAAAAUCUGUUUUUAAGACUUACACACAGGGUCAGAUUUUCUCCCACUCUUAAUUAGAUGAGGGAUGGUCUAAUUAAAUCAAAUUCAUUAUCCUCAGCUCCAGAAAUCAAGAGGCUCUAUUGGAAAUAAGGUUAGGCUCCCCCUCAUCCAUCAUGCCCUAACUAACCAAUUUACAGGCCAGCCGUUUGCAUGAGGCAUUAUUACCUUGUCAUAAACACUUACCUUUAAAAUCCUCAAAUCAAGCCCUGAUAUGCUAAGCUUUUAUCACAUUAGUUUGUGCUACUGUGUCAGCCUCUUUCUGCCUAAGAUAAAGUAGGCUCCCCGUAAUUAUAUUAGCCACAUAAGGCGGAGACAGUGCAAACGACGGCUAUUUAAAGCGGGCUGAUAAUUCUGUAUAAUUAAGACAUAGUAGAGAGGAGGGAAAGGAGGUGAUAUAAGAAAAACAGGACCCUCUCUUCAGAGUGUGGAGGCUCUUAUUUCAGAUAAAAACACACCGAUUUAAAGGAUCAUUUAACCACCAAGUGUCAAUCCUGCAGCUGCAGCGAGUCACUCUGCGGCGUCCAUUGUGUAGGAGACACAAAAAGCAGCGAUCAUGAUUAUUCCGAUGAUCUGGACUGAAGAGGAGCCGUUCAUCAUAAGGGGCGAUAUAUAUUACUGAUGCUGGGAAAUGAUUAAAACUCACUCGUUUAAUAAACUGUCGCAGCACUCGCUCGCAGUUUGGAUCCUGGAAUAUUUACAUCUGAUUAGAGCGGGUUUAGCAUGUGAAUGGCGCCGUGAAGACGUGAGGAUGCUGGUGGAUAAAAUUUAUAUUGGUCCCACCAUCGGGACACAAGCUCCUGUAAAUGUGGCGCGGCGCCGGAAACACAUGAGGCCUGUCCUCUGAUCUGUGUUGGAAAGUGAAUUAGUAAGCCCCGCUCUAAAGCCGCUGAUCGCAACGGGCUGAGAGCAGUGAUUUGUUGGCGGUGUAUAUUACAGCCCACGGUCAGGGAGGGAGGGACCAGAGGAGUGUGUGUGUGAGGGAUAGGACAGGGGGCCUUAUCACUCAGUGUUUACUCUCAGUAAAUUGAGUUGAAAUAAUAGUCUUUCUCUGAGGCCAAACAAUGGAGCAGGCUGCAGGCCCAGGGCCCAGGCUGGUGCAGAGUCGGCCUGCGCCACUUCAAAAUGAAAGGCUGAGGAGCCCGGGGCCAUGAGGGGAGGGGGGCACGGCAGGAGAGAGCGGGGAGGGGGCGGCUACACCAGUCGCAGAGCAGACACCCCUCUGACAGGCACCUGGGUAGGACAACAGGGAGCGGAGAGGAGCGUGACGCUGGUGGAGGCUGGUGGCAGAGAGAGGAGGGGGAGGAGUGAUGAGGCCCGGGGCGCUGUCAUUAGGGAGAGGAAGAUGGCUGCCCUGAGGACGGAGCGGCGACAGGUCCCGGUGGGGACGGGGGGGACCACAACCUCUCAGUCCCCUGGGUCUGCGCCGGGACUGGUGGGAUGUGUCAGUGUGUUUGUCUUGUAACCUCUGGCUAUGUCUGAUCUGCAGGAGUCUAACCUGCAGAGAGAAAAGGAAGAGUGUGUGUGUGUGUUUGUGCAGCACAGAGACCCUCCUCUGCCAUUGUUUCAGCGUGUGUGUGUGUGUGUGCUUCAGCUGCACCUCAGCUCUGCCUCUUCCCCUUCAUUUAUCAUUCGGCUGCAUAAAGUGCUGCCACAGCGUUAUAGAAACAGCUGCUUUUUUCAGAGAAUGGGCCGCCCUCCCCGCACACAAAGACUCUCCUGGACCUAAAGAGAGUGUAAAAUCGGCGCCUGAAUACAAACCUUUUUCCUGGGCUGAGAGGGGCUGAACACGGGUGUCACUGCGGCGCGAGACAUUGUCACUGAUCUGAAGACAAAUAAGCGACCAUAUCAGCCCCAUCGUGUGUACAAAGAGCGUCAGGGGCGCCGGCCUUGUUCAAAGCUAAAUGUGCAUAUCUACAGCUGCUGCGUGGCGCUCUCUGGAGGAUUCAUAUCAGGCUGUUUAAGCAGGAGUUGUAUGCAUGAUUCACCCCAGAGGAGGCACCUGUAUUCCUGCGCUGCAACGCCACCCACUUCAGCGUCCAAACAAACCCUGUCGGCGCUCUGUUAGGGGUCAUAAUGCAGACACAAUCAGACCUUUACGUUGACUCACGGUGAAGCCUCAGGGUCGCAGACUCACCGCAGGUUUUUGGAGGAACCAGGCGUGCCGUGCCAUGCUUCGCCAUCCCGCUCCGUGCCUCAGAGGCUCCACGUGGAGAAGAGGGAAUUUUGUCGAACCUGUUCUCUUCCAGCUGGAGAGAUGAGAUUUUACAGUCGGCCAACCACAUGACAGAGAGACGCUCGCUCUGAGUGUGUGUGUGUGUGUGUGUGUGUGUGUGUGUGUGUGUGUGUGUGUGUGUGUGUGUGUGUGUGUGUGUGGGAAAGCAGUGAGAAAGAGCAGAAAGGGCAUCAGGCGACUUCUCUGCCAGACCUCCCCAGGCAAAAUGAAGAACGCUCCAAUCCUUGAAGACGUGAACAGAAUAGUUUCAGAGUAACAUUAGCCGCCGCCAUGAGGAGAGAAAUUCCCUCUUGGGAUUAAAACCGCACACACACACACACACAUGCACACACACACACACUCAUAAACACAAUGCAGGUCGCAGCAUGCCCACACAAUUCAUUUAUUGUUCUAGCAGGUUCAGUGAUGAAUUUAUCAGCUCUCAUGCAAGUUUGGACAUUUUUACACACAGGUGAAUAACGAGAGAAUUAACUACAGUUUUAUUAAUUCAGUAAAUACAGUUAAAAAUCUCAUCAUGUGUUAAAAUGUAAGAGCUUUUUAUUGAAGUCAAACUACAGAAAUGAACGCCAAAAUGAACACGCAGAAUAACAGAGACAAGAAACUAAUAAAGUCCAUCCAGGAUAAGAAAAGCGACUGCAGGAGAAUCAAAAAUUAACAAAAAUGAUAAAACAUAUAAAGACAAACAGCAGGAGAGGAGAACAAAAACACAAAACAUAUAAAAAUACGACAUAGUGAUGAUUUCUUGACUCUACUCUGUUUCGUCUGUUUCUUCGUGUUUGUAACGUUAGCAUGUGUGUGCGGUCAUCGCGUGAUCGUAUUUGAUGCAUCAUCUUAUUUUAUCAGCAGGAAUUUUCAUAUCUGCCCACACUGACAAUUAACUUUGGAGCUUUUAUCUGCAGAUACUGAGACGAUAAUAUCGUGAACCUCUGCUCGACACAGAACAGGGCGCUGCUUUGAAUACGUGUUUGUGAGUGGGAGGGUAAAACAACCUCGAGAAGCAAAUAAUGGACGUCUCUGCAAGAGGGCGCCUAACUCAACGUCAUUUUUAGGAUUAUGGUUGGAAAUAUGUGAUAUUCAUAAGAAGUAGAGAAAAGGGAGUUUUUAGAUGUAAUGUUGACAUUGAAAGAGUUACUGAGAGUAAAUUUCUUGGGUUGUUAUUGAUCAAAAGUUCAGAUGGAAAAAAAAACACAUUAAAUACAUUAAAGGGAAAAUUUCAAAAUCACUUUUAUCCUGUACAACCUGAGAAAAGUAUUGAAUUCAAAGGCCUUGCAUUUGAUCUACUACUUAAUGAUUAUUCCCUAUAUAUCUGACUGUGUGGAACUGUGGGGAUCCACCUUUAAAAACACGAUAAUCAAUAAUAAAACUGCAAAAACGAGCUCUACGUAUGAUCAAUAAGACUGAUUAUUAUGAUCACAUGAAAUUUUAUGAUCUGUUUUAUUAUAAAAUAAUGUAAAUCAUGUUUAGAGCAAAAUCAAAAAUGCUCCCUGACUGAAUACAGAAGUUCUUUUCAAGUCAGGACAGUCUGUAUAAUCUCAGAGGUGUUUGUUAAUUUACUGUAGAAAAAGCUAAAAAAGGUCUGAAAAGGAGACGUGUCUCUGUUACUGGAGUUAAAUUCUGCCGACAUAAAUCUAAAAUCAUGUCGUUCUUUUUUGUUUUUAAUAGUUUGUUAAGCUGUUUUUGAAGCUUAUAAGUCGAUUAAUUCUCUGUUGUUGUGGUGUCUCUGCUUUUCUGGAGGUCGGUAGAUAAAAAAGUUGAAAACACAGGAGAGGCUUUUAUAAACAGUCUGCUUCUGCCUUUUCAGUCAAUAUUCAACACAUGAUUCUGAUUUAGUGAUUUAGUGUGAAAUGUCAAUAUUGUGUAGAAUAUUUGGUGUCGUCAUGACUGAAUAAACGACCACUGUACUGUACUACACUAAAGGUGUGUAACCAUAUGAUCUCAUCCUCCAAUAGAGCAACAGCAGCCUGACUGUAGUUCAGACCUUAUAGUCUUUUCUCAGUUUUAUAGAUUACUCAGACGUGACUUCUAACAUGCAAAUUUUGUUGAAUAUGAGAGACAGAAAGGCCUGAGGUCGAUCUGCAGGUUCAGAAAGAUCCUUUAGAAGAUCUCACUUUUAUCAUUUAUUUUUUACUAUGUUUGUUCUCGUGAAACAAUUUCUGAUCCAUUUUCUGCACAUUUGGAGAGGAUGAUCUUCUCCAAAACCUCAGGAUUAUAUAGGAGCAUGUAGAUGACUGUAACAUCUUCAUAUGUGCUUGAUGGGGCCCAAAGUCACAGAUAUGAAGUCUAGAAAGCAGCAUGCAUGCACAACUUUGUGUCUUUUUGGUGUAUGAAUGUCUAGAUUACACCAAUUAGACCGACCAUGACCUUAAAAAUGAGGUUAGGUGUGAACAAACCAAUCAGUCAGAUCUAAAUGUUGAUUUUUAUGUGAGUGAGAGUGUUUGUCUACCUCCAGAGUGAUCGUAUCUGUAGUUAAAGCUGCUCUCUUUCUCUCUCUUACUGUAUAUCUUAUUCUGUAAGUAUAAAAUAGCAUGAAUGGAAGUUAUCCAAUAUUUAAGAGCAGUGAUUUUGCAAACGGUUUGGUCUAACAUCGGCUCUUUAUAGUUUUAACUCAGAGGGGAGCAGCGCAGUAUUUUUAACAACAGUGUGUACAGUCUAGUUUGUGAGAGAGGAGAACGUGUUUCUGUGAAGGCUGAAAAUAAUAGGAGCAGGAAUCAGUCUGCACUUUUAAUCGUUUAUCACCCCGCUGCAUUUUUGCACACCAUGCAUGCAGAAAAAAACGGAGUAAUUUGAGCAGGUCUGAGUGUUUUUGUGCAGGUUAAAGCCUCUCUGUCUUUACUUUAUUGGUUUAGAGAUAAAGUUAGUCAUGGUGGAUAAAAUGUGGGGCAGCUGGCAUUUUCUUUAGGUCGAGUUUUUCUCUAUAAAUUCAUCACGUUAAUGCAGGACUCCCUCGGUCAGAGUCUCCUAAAUCAAAGUUAAUGGGAAAGGAUGGAUAAAACACAGUAAUGAUGAUGCAGAAUGACCUUUCCUUCUCUCCUGACCCAAAGAUUUCUGGGAUUUGUAGGUGGUCUCAGUAAUGUAGCCGCUGGUCUUUAGUGAAACAGCAGGUUUUUGGUUUGCUCUGCGGUGUGUGUGCGCCCCUCUGUCUGUUUGACACAUUCCUACACUGCACCCCUCUCCACGGCUCCUAACUACCAGCCAGUCGCCAUGGUUACAGCCAUACAUCCCUGCCAGCCUUUCACACUCAGAGACAUAUUUGUUUGGCUAGUGUAGCUACGUUGCUGACAAAAAAACACAGCUUUUUAGCAUAACACCUGCUAAUCUCCGGGAUUUAGCUCUUUGAAGAGGAUUGCUGAUCAGAAAUUCAAAUAAAUAAUUUGAAUGCUAAUCUGAAUGUUAAUCCCUGGCCUCCGGGUCUUAAAGCAUCCUGUCUUUCAAUAACAAUGUUUAUUUUUCAUUUGCUUUGCCUCUUUCAUUUUCUCUCCCCCCUCUCUCUCUCCCUCCCUCCCUCCCUCUCUCCCCCGCCUCUUAAUAAGCUCGAUCGUCUGCUCCCCGUUGGAUAGUAAAGGUGGACUCGUCUUUUGACGUAUGUGGCAAUUUAGGAGCAUUGAUGAGGCUGAUGCUGCUGUAGAGCUGAAUUAUGAUCAUUCAUUUUGAUGGGAAUCGAAGGGUUAAACACCAACUAUUGAUCCGGCUUUGUUUAUGUCAACGGACUCAAACUUUCAGACGACACCAUCCUCAUUUUUGCAGGAUGUUUGAUCAAGAUCUGAGAUUUCAAAUGUAGUUAUCGUUGCUUCGUCAAGUUUCCUGACUGUGCAGCAUUAAGUUGGCAUCUACAGGAAAUCAGUGGGUGUUAUUUGAAUAAUGCCUUUUUGUGCAAAAUGCAAGAUAAAGAUCAGUAUCGUAUUUGUUUUUUAAAACGUUUUUUAGUGGAAAUAUUAGAGUCAUCACUUUCCUGCAGGUUUUAUCUCUUUUUUUCACACCUUUUAUCUAAUUUUGUUGAUUUUCUCACCAUUUUUUUGACUUGGUGCGGUGAUAACGAUAAUGCGUGUGUGCAUCAUCUGAAGGGCAUCAGUGGGUGUUUUUUUUUAAUCAUUAACUUUCUCAUGAUUUUCACUGAAAUUUUCACCUUUAUUUGUCUUUAAAACAUGAUAAUUUUCACUAAAAUAUACAAAAAAAAUAUCUUUGUAAUGUUCCUCUUUAUUUUCCUCCCAUGUGUUUUGUUUCUGUGCAGGAGUGUCCCUAAAAUUAUGUCCUUUUGAAAAGCUCCAAUUAUAAAUAUUUUUUACCCUCCGCUAAUAAACCCUUUUUUGCGACAUUUUCAUUAUAUUUUUUUAAUAUUUUUUUUAAUAUUAUGAGAUCAAAAAUCAAAGUCUGAUUGAAUUUUAAGGAUUUUUUUUUCUGCUUUUUUCUUUUGUCUCAGAAACAGGAUUUUUAUCAAUACAAUCCAAUCCAAAUGUUCUAUGAACCAUUUCCUCAACAUUUCUAUCUAAAUUCCUUUCAUUUAUGUCACCAUUUUUGGAUGUUAUGUGCAGCUUUAAAUCAGCAUCUGUCCUUUAAAUAACGUCCUUUUGUUUUGUCAGAUGUACGCUCUAAAUCAGAGUGAAUUUUAUCUCAGAAUCAGGGUGAGUCCCAUCUUCAUCUUCGUCUCUGUUAUCACGCUGCUUCAUACAUAGAUGGUAUAAAUAUCUUUGCAUCUUCAUAUUCAGAUCUAAGUUCGUAAUUUUCCCGCUGCCUCCUUCAGUCUCAGGAACAUGCAGAUUUCUAUAAAUACAAUGCACAGUUUUUCUGCACCGUUUAAUUACAUUCUUGUCUAUUUUCCUCCCAUUCGUGUUGCUAUUUUCUUAGAUGUUAUCUGCAUGAUUAUGUAUCUGUGCGGCUAAAUGUUAGCACCCACAGGAGAUCAGUGGGUGUUCUUGAAAUUUGGAAAAAUAAAUGCAAAGAAAAAAAAAAGAGGAGCAGAUAAUGAAAGAGGAACCAGACCAAACAUAUACAUCCUUAUAAAAACCACUUUUGCUUAUUGACUCAUGUGAGGAGCGAGGACGCUGUACAUUAGAGUCUAUAAUUCCUGGUCUUCUUCUUUGAUUCCUGCCUCUAUAGAGCUGACUUUUGUCUCAGACAUGGAGAAUCAAGGGCAGCGGGAUCACAAACACAUGAAUCCGGAUCUUGUGAACAACGCCUAAUUCCUGGUUGCCUCCCAUUCUCUCCCCGCAAACUAAUUUUGGGCUUAGAGUGAAUCUCUGUUAAGUAAACAGAUCCCCCUCAUCCAGGCGGGCUCCAUCACAAUGACGUCCAGAUCAUCUGCGCCCAUUAAAACCAGCGCAAACACUUUACUCCGCACCAAUAUACUAAAGGAUGGAGGGGGAAACACACACACACACACACACACACACACACAGACACACACACGGGGUCUUUUUUUUUUCAGCUUUUUCCCAGAUUGUCUCUCUUCCCAUUAAUCCAGUAUCUUUCAGGCCUGGUAAACUCCUCAAGAUGGACACUGCCUGGUUCAGGGUGGAAAGGGGUCAAGCCCGGCUGGCCCCCGCACAGAGCUGUGGAAUUUUUCAUUAGUGCACAGCUGGGUCACAAGUGGCUCCAAAGCCGUCUUAAUAUUGUGUAGGCCCACAGAUUAGAGAGCGGAGAAAAGAAGCCAAAGCGUGAUGCUCUCCACCAGACCCUGUCUUUGCAUAUUUGCAGACUUGUGCUUUAGAACACCUCAUAUUACUGUUUGUUUUAUUUCUUAGACCCAGAACCUCUGGGUCAAUAGUAAUUAUAAAGCCCUCCAAUCCAAAUGUUGUUUUUUAACCAUUCCAGCUCUGGAUCUGUAAGAGGAGUCCAUUUAUUUUCUCUCAAUAAAGAAAGUAAAGUAUCUUAGCGGAGCGCCGGAGCUUCUCCCGGAGCUGAGAGCUGUUUUUAUUCUCCACCUCUCGUUGAAGAAAAACACAAAUAUAACAAUAAAGCAGAAGGUGUAUCUGUGGGCAGUUAACGCUCUAGAACAUGUGAGAGCCAUUACACUUAUUGUAGCCAUCACUCUCUCGAUCACCGGCGAAGGCUGGAGGUCUUAACGGCGCAGCUCUGCUCCACCUCGCUCAACGCAGAUUGGCGUUGAAGGAGAGAAGCGACCCGAACAGAGCUGUAAGAAAUACAUUUGUUUUUAAAGUGCAGGUAAUUUUACACCUGAAUUUAACGGGGGGGGGAUUUCUCCUGGGCUCUUUGGAGGAACGGCGUUGUAAACAUGUCACAUCUCCGGCAGUGGAUACAGAACAAACUGCUUCACUUUGGUUUAUUUGUGUUGGGAUCAGCUCUGCUUUGAAAAACAGGUACAAAAUCAGCCAAAAGAAGAAAGUGAGCAUCCUUCCAGUCCUGAGCGUUGUUUGUUGGAGCUCUAAAAACUGAUCCUAAAUGUGAUGUUCACUCAUUUUACAUGGUGGGAAACAGCAGCUGUCCAAACAGCAUCAUGUGUGCCUGCCUGCCUGCUUACUGUUGUAUUUACAUUUGUGUACUUAGCCUCCUCUGCUGCCCACUACACUGUCCUCCUUUUCACUCCGUCAGCUUUGUUCUACCUGUGUGGCUGCCUGGGGAGGAUUAUUUCCACGCUGUUUUCCUAGUGACUCAUUAGCAGACACAUGCGAGGAGGAGGAGAAGCAUCGGGUCGCCUGAUGCUGCGAGACAAUUCUCGGCAUACCGCUGUUGCCUUUGGAGCUUUGCACGAACACGUAGCCUUAUCGUAUAGAUUUCUCCUCCGAUCUCAUAUUUGGCGCUAACAAGCCUUGUCAAAAACCGUGAUGUAUAUGCGCUUCAUUUGCAUGUAUUUUUGCAGUCAGUUAGGGCGACUCCUGCUCCCCCGUCCUCUCCAAACUGUAUCUGGAGUGUUGAGUAAUCUGUGAAACACACACACAGCCUCUGGAAUGAGAUCAUUUGAAUAACGACUUAAGGGUUAGGAUUUCUUUGUGCAGCUGUGGCGUAUAGCGUUAUGCACAGAUCUGCCUCGGAUGUCUGUCUGGCCGGGGACUCGUCUGAGGAGCUGCACAUUCCUGCACAUAGGAGCUCAUGCUGCCAUAGAAAUAAAGUGGCCAUAUUUAUUUUCACAACAGCCGACAUGUGGGAGAGAAGAUCCUGGAAGCUCCUCGCUCCAGACUAACUGUGAGCAGAUCUACUAUAGAUCUGUGCAGCAGCAGCAGCGUUUUACUAAGUGUGCUCCCUCUGAGAUGUGGGGCAGGUGCAUAUGCACGCACUAACACACAGCCGACACGUCUCCGCUAUUAUCUUUGCGAUGCCAAGUGCAAUCAGCUCGUCUCAUUCCUCCCCAGCGAGCUCGCAGAGCGGGGAACAAGCAGAACCCUGUGGCCAGAGCCGUGUGAUGAAGAAGGCACCUUUGGGCCAUUAGUGGUGUACACAUCUCCCGUUAAUGUGUUUUACUUUUACCUGCUGGGAGUUUAAUUAAAAAACAAAGAGCCUCAAUUUAAAGGCCAUUAUUAUGCUAAUGUAGUAAGCACGGGAUGGUGAUUAAGCAGCUUUUAGAGCUGACUGGAGCUGGCCCUUGGGAGCAGAAGGAUGGCACUUUUUAUUUGGCUUCAUUACUCUCCAUGAAUCUAUGCUCCAAAGAGAAACGCUGAUACUAUGAAACCAGGUCAGCUACUACUCGGAUCUUUUAUGGAGCCGUGUUAUGGGUCCCACUUCUUGGAGCUGGAGGAGCUGGAGGAGCUGGAGGAGCACUCACACAGGCUCAAAGUUUGUUUUCACCUCAUCUUCAAAAGCAGGAAAUGCUUUAGCUGCUUUUAUUUACACGACGAGCCCGUAGUGUGAAAAAACUUUCCUCUAUCAUCCGUCCCUCUGCAAGCAAUCAAAAAACUGUUAGCUGAAAUCAGGGCGCUAUUUUUAACCGGCGCGCUGCAUCUAAAGGACAACAGGUCUAUACAUAACAGAGUUGAAAAGGUUUGCCUUCAACAUCUGGGCAUCAAAUGUUCUCCUCUUUAGCGAAAGCUCUUGAUACCGUAGCAGAGAACCAAUUUUCACAAACUGAGGCGUGUCUCAGGAGGAGUUGAGGAGAAGAGGCUGUGCAGCGGCUCACAGAAGACAGAUAUGUUUGUUGUCCGUCCAGACAAACAGAUCAAGACGCCACCUCAGAAGACGGUCUUUGAGGUGUUUGGAGCUUUUACGCUAAAAACAACUAUUUCAAAUCUGCACAAAGACGGUGAAUUAUAUCAUCAUCGGAGAAAGACGAGGGUCGUUUGACCGCCGCUUUAAUCCCUGAACAGAUCCCAAUCAUCAUCUGUAACUAUGGCAACAGUUACAGAUUUUAUUGGUGUAAAUAAAACCUGAAAAUGAUCGAGAUUAUUCAUGAAUUUAUUCGUUAAUAGACUUUUAGUUUAACUUUAAGGUCCAACCGUUGAUUUUUACUGACACGUUUAUUUCAAUGAAUGGGUUUCAGUGACUUUCCUCUUUAUUUGUGACCUUAUUUGGGCGUGUGGUGGAUCCGUGGUUACUUCCUGUAGAGCUAUUUUGCAGCAGGUUUGAAUAACACUGGGUUAUUCUUCGAUGAUCCAACUUUACUUUCUCCUGUAGGUGCAAAACUUCGCUGUUCGGUCGCUCUGCCGCAGUUUAGCUAACAGGCGCCAUGUUUAUCGCUAAGUUGCAUGAAUACUCAGAGUGACCACAUGUCCUCUUUUUUAGGGGCUGUCCGAGGGAGUUUAUAAAAUCCUUCAAAUGUUUGAGGAAGUUUUCAGUUUGUGUCGCUUAGAUUUCCUCGCAUGAAAACAAGGACCAUCAAAUCAAACCUGGUUCAAAGUUGUGUUUUUUAAGUAUUGGGUUCACACAUUACCCUCAUCAAUAGUCAGUAUAACUCUCGGUUUGACCGCCUGCUCCUCGUGGCCUCCUCGCCCUGUCCUCCAGCCCCUCUCUGACCUCGCCUCCAGGCCUCCUCUCUCACCUCUGCCCUGAUUGGCGUGGCCGCAGGUUUCCCGCUCCAACAGGAGAGCCCAUCUUCAAAGUAAUAGCUUACAGCUGCAGCAGCCGGGAUAAUCCUCAUCCCGUCUGUCUUUGAAGAGACGGAGCGAGCGGUGACAUAAUGGCUGGAGCUCUUCUUUGGCGUUUCUCUCUGUGUCGUUCAACGGCACGAGGGGAGUAGGUGAGACGUAGCCGCACGUGUUGCUAAAUGUAGCAUGAUUAUCAAGCGGCAUAAGCGGCUCCAUAUUCCCAACCCUCUCCUCUCUUUCUUCUUCUUCUUCUUCUUCUUCUUCGGGGUUUCUUUUAUCCGCCCCGGUCCUCCUGAUGCUUAUCACCGCGGCAGAAGCAUUAAACGUAAUGUCUGAAGAAGGGAAAUCAUUGGCAACAUGUGGUGAGAGCUUAAGAUGUUGUCACACUUUAAGUUGGCCAUAAUCUGUUCAAAGGGAGAGCGCAUAGUUCUCCAAAGUGCCGGGAAAAGGGGGGAAGAAGAAGAGCAGGGGAGAGGCCGCGGUCUCUGAGCUGCACUUUGCCGGGCUGAAGUGUUCAUCAGACAAAAUAACUGUCGCUCCCUCUUGGCUUUCGUCUUCGCCGUAAUGCUUCUUUUUCGCUUUCCCUUUUUUUUAUGCAUUUUCUGAAAACACAUCCUGUGGCGUUACAAGCCUCAGCAGAGUGAUAAUCUGUCACGCCGAGGAGGAGCGAGCCGUAGAUAACGCCAGGAAGAACAGACGAGGGAUCACAGGUACGUGGACACAGGAUUAAAAAGAGGGACGUGAUGAGGCCUCUGGGACGCCGCCGCCGCGGUGGCGAUGUGCUGAGACCGGCUCUUUUUCCAUUUAUGAGUCCAGUUCUAGGGAGGCCUGGGUAAAUAUUGACAUGGCCAUUGAUCCACACAGGAGGGUCUCAUCACUUGAUCUGUGCGCUCAGGUGUGGGAGGAGGAGGAGGAGGGGACACGCUGGUGGUCUUCUUUGUGGCGUCUCUUAAACACGAGCUAGCUCUGCUGCGACACUGGGAGUCGGGUUACCAAAGCGAGUCCAGAGUCGGGUCAGCGGGAUCAAGUCGAGUCAGAACGAGGUAAAUAAUCACCUCAAUCACUUUGACGUCCCCUGAGAUCCCGACAGGACGCGCUGAAAUCUCACUUUCCUGCUAAACUUAUCAAUCGGCGUGUUUUCCCGCUCUAAAACCAUCACGGACAUCCCCUCCUCCGUCUCCUCGCGGCCCUCUGGUGGCUCCUCGAAACCACUAAUCAGGUAAUGUCGGGGAGGUUGAAUGGCGUGCCUCCCCCCGGUCAACCUUCACUGCUCACACAGUGGUGUUGUUUUAAAGAGCAUUCUUUAGCAGCUGAACUUGGAAAGGUAUUAAAGUGGGAUUAGGCUCCUCCACAAUCCACUGCUUGUGUCAUUCAGGGAGUUUGUGUUCUCCUCUCCCCGCCGCCACCUCCCCACUCCUCCUCUGUUUGAUUGUGGCGAGCCGCAGGAGUGGGACCGACUGUGCCUUUCAAAGGAGAGGGGUAGGGUUAAAUCCCUAGUCCACUGCUCCCUGCUAAUUCUCCUUGUUCCUUAGAGAAGGAUUUACUUCUGCUGCCAGCUUCUCAAAGGCCUUCUCUGCCCAUCCGAAAAGUCGCCGUUGCCUUCCUGUGGAGGUGUGGUUGCCAUAGAAGGGGCGUCAUGCAUGGCUAUUCCAUCUGAACCCCGCUGAGAAAGGGGACCGGGGACUGAAAACAGGCAGAAAGUCCGGAUUAGACGCCAGGACAAAGCAGGACAGGAAGAUUCCAGAAGGGACGAAUAGGAAUUACAGCAGCAAAAAUAAUGCAAAGUGACAGAGAGGGGAAAUAGAAAAAUAAUGGCUUACAAGAUUAGACUCGGCGAGGAGAGGAGAAGAAAGGAGCGAGGUCUGAAAGAGAAUGUUUUCAUCGAGAUGAGAAGAUUGGAGAGAGAGAGAGAGAGAGCGGAGUCCUGGACGUAUCAAAAACCGCGCUAACAAGUCAUUUCCUCAACUUUUUAAGCCGGCGAUCAUUAGCUGGGAACCGGUCCUGACAGAUUCAUCACCUCAUUUCCCUGAUCCCAGCAUGCUAACAGGCUAAUCCUUGGAAAAGUGAAGAACGAGCCCUUAAAUAUUCAGAGAGUGUUGACGUAAGACUUUUUUUUCUUUCUUUGGUUUGAUUCGCUCAUCGCCGCUCCGCUCCAGCAUCCAAACUGUGAGGUUUGUUUGGAGGGUAGAUCCAGGUUUGGCAGGUCACUAAAACCAGAACCCUGCUUGUUUGAGAAACAUGCCCAAACUUCUUUUUCAGAGGAUUAUCCCCGAGUUUUUUCUUCCAGCGCUGAAUAAUAAUCUUCUUAACUUAUUGUAAUAAAUGAAAGAUUAGAGGAUUUCAUGAACCCUGCGAGCGCCAGAUUUCUGAUGUCUGCUGCUGAAAAAAAAGACGAAAAGGCUGUUUUCUUGUUUUUUGUUUUAUGUUUCAGGAACAGGCGGUAAAUCAUGAAACUGAAGCAGUCCGACUAAAAUAGCAUAAAAAAAGAAACUCCUGCUUCUGAUUACACGAGCGUUUUAUUUCAAAGUGCAGCACAAAACCGCACCACCUUGUUUCCAGCACGCAUACAGCUGCUCAUACAAGUGUGAACACACGUGCACACACACACACAUGCACACACAGCGUAUCAGCAGCACCUAUAACAGCAUUAGCAUAACAAAACCUUCAUAUUUACACAUUAUAUUCAUCACUAUCGCUCAUCCCUGUCCACGACCAGCUCAUGAUGUCAAUCGCUCCUCUCGCCGCCUCUCCGCCUCGCACAAUGAAAUAGAUGUUCACCACAAAUAGAUAGGCGGUUGCCAGCUGUCUUCCAGACCAGGGCAAACAAAGAGGCCGCUAAUAAAUCCAGCUUUACGGCUGGACAAGAUCAACCACACUACUCCCUGCCUUCUUGCUCCCCUUUAAUGUGGCUUCUUGUGAACAACAGAGGAGGAAUUAAAUGCCUCUCAGUCGCCAAUAAAACAAUGCAAACAUCUUCCCGAGAGCAUAUAAAAGAAGAUGGAGGUGUUGUCGAGGGUAUGGAGAUAGAGGCGGCGGUGUAGAGCCAUGAUAUUAGACAGUAAGAUGACAUAUGAACAGAGCAGAGGGCGGCUCUGGAGUCAGCCAUGAAUCAUGGUCUCUGAUAAGUUAUCUGAUGCGUUCGGAGGAUCCAGGUUAUGAAAGAAAUGUCAGCAGAGGCUCGAUAAGAAUCACCGGGAGUCGGUGGUCACUGAUCCAGACUCUUUUUGGAGACCCGUGUGUGUUUGUGUGUGUGUGGAGGGGGUUGGUUUGGGUGCCCAUGACUGACUUCACUCGGGCUGGACCCACCCUAGAAAUUUUAACAGAUGAGCUGCUGCCAAAAGAGUCACCUCCUUGGCGGCCCACGGGAGCGGCGAGCCAACUUGACGGCUCAUCAAAAACGCAGGGAGAAAAAAAAAAGAGAAAAGGCCGUGGGACAAAAUAAAGACAAAGAACAGCAGAGUCACUUUCACUGGUGUUACUUUAAGAGACAAUUACAAGAUGAGUGGAAAUACUGAGACUCUCCUCAGUCAUAUCAAAGUGUUCACCUUUACGUGAAAGUCCCAAAAUAUCACAAAAAUACAGAUUUUAGGAUCUUUGUUCAAUUAGGAAACAUGAUCGACUUAAAUCUGACGGUUUCAUCCGACUAAAGAAGCUGAUUGGAGUUUAUUUUCAGUGAAGUAAUGAUACUUCAGGCAAGUGUUCACAAAUGAAGUUGGAGUGCAAAAAUCUGCAGUUCCUCAAACGUCCACUUGGGGCCGUCUCUAAAAUCCCAGCAGACAUUCACAUCCUUGUUAAAAUAACUUUUUUCUUGGAGCUUUAUUUCUGGAUUUAUUGGAUAGUAGAGACCGAGUAUGUGACCCUCUUUUUGGGGACUGGGUUUGAAGAUUUAGGGGCGUGGCUAACUUGACUGACAGGUGGUGACUUACUAAUAGUUACACCUGAGAAAUUACUGUAAAUUUCGCUAAAAUUGGCUCAUUUUUGUGUCACUAUCAAACCUCUGCAUCAAAAAACUGUAUUUCUUCUAUAAUUAAUCAUAAAUUAAUUCUGUUUUUCAGGUUGUUUGCGACCAAAUGCAGCGGCUGCAUGGAGAAAAUCGCCCCCACAGAGUUCGUGAUGCGCGCCCUGGAGUGCGUCUACCACCUGAACUGUUUCUGCUGCUGCGUGUGCGACCGACAGCUGCGGAAGGGCGACGAGUUUGUCCUGAAGGAGGGUCAGCUGCUCUGCAAGAUCGACUACGAGAGGGAGAAGGACUUACUCAGCUCGGUCAGCCCCGAUGACUCAGACUCAGGUGAGCCCUCUGCACCCUCUCACACCGGGGCGAGAUCCACACCCGGGUGCGACCAUCACAUGACACCCUGGUGUUGUAUUCUGAGUUACCAGUGAAGACAUCCAGCAUGUUGGACUGGUUAAAGUCCUUUUUAAAAGAGUAUUUCUUUGUUUUCUUUCAUGGACAUGUGGGAUUUCCCCGAGCUCUUCAUGCAGCCUGCUCAGUAAAAACUUCCAACACGACUCCAUCUGCAGCUUUCCUGUGGCUGAUUGCCUAUCGUUUGAGUCGCGGGGUUGAGCGUAGGUUUAUGAUACAGUAGGAAGUGGAAACAGGACAGAGCCGAGCCCCCCUGUAUUAAUGGCUCUCCGUGCGUGGGCAGGGUCUGGUGCUGGAAAGAAUUAAAUCACUGUAUCAUGGUGAGUGACAGAGGGAUUUGGGGCCUUUCUGCAGAAAGCCCCGCUCCUCCGCUCUUAUCAGCUCGAGUGUUCCUCCUCGCCCGUAGCCUCCACACACAACGAGGCAUCUCGCCAAGCCUCGCUGUUCACCACCAUCUGGCUCACAUUUAGACACGCACAAAAGCGAGGGAAUUUGUCAAAUACAUCUGUGCCUGUGUCAACUUUUGUCAACUUGUGGGAAUAUUUGCUCUGCGUCUUCCUCGUUGGGUUUGUGUCCCGGCCUGUCGCGCAGGCAUGUCUUUUGUGCGAUGUCUCGAGAUUUCAAGACGGAGGAGAAAACGUCGACAUGAGCAGAGGUUAACCUCGGCAUGUGGCAGAUGAAGUGUCGGUUUUCAGACCAGAAAUGUAGAUCCUUAUCUGAUAACCGUGAGCCGUCGUGUGAGUCUCUCCUUACAGAAACUAGACCCUCCAAAUAAUUUGGAGUCAUUAACGAGGCUGCCGGUUUGGAUUUGGACACAGUUGUUGUCCGCUGAUCUAAGAGGCGUGUUUUUAUCGUGGAGUCAAUAAUUUUCAUGUCCUGGUUGUUUCACUUUGUGGCUUUUGUGACAGAAGCUGAAACCAGAUCUGUGGUCAGGUUUCAAGUUAGAGAUAAUUUUAAUAAUACAGGAGAUUUUGCAAACUCUCAAAGUUAUCCUAGAGUUUUAUGAGACUGUCAAACACAAACAGUCCAGUACAGUCAGAGUUAUUAUUAUUAUUAUUAAUGGGUAUUAAUUAGGGCUGGGCGAUAAAACGAGAAUGACAUAAUCAUAAUAUAUUAUCUAAAAAAAAAUAUUAAUAAAUAAAUUUUUUUUUAAAAAAUUGAAAUUUAAAAAUAAAAAAAUAAUAUAAUAAAAAAGAGAGAAUUUCCCAGUUUGGGAUCAACAAAGUACAUCUAUCUAUCUAUCUAUAUCAAAAAUUAUUUUCCCUAAAUAUCAAUAUAAAACGUGGUUAUGUUGCUUUUCGGUAGCCGUCAUUCUGCCAUGUUUUGGUAGACUAUACAAAUAGCCAAUGAAAAGGGGAGUUGCUCACGCCCACUUUUUGUCAGGGGUCGUUUUGUCUCCACCACACACAAAUCCUUCACAUAUCAACCGUUGUAACCCCAGUUAUUUUCAGUAGAAUAGAAAAUCCUGACGCUCCUGAACGCACCAUCCGUAUUCAUCGCUGAGAGACGCAGAAGACCAUCGCAAGAAAAACAAAAACGUGCGUCUGUUGAAAAUUCGUUGUAAACUUGCGUCUGUGCCAGGUUGAAGCUGCGACACAGCGUGUGGUGGGUUAGAAAACUAGUUUGCGAGUUUAACCCUACGAUUGUCCCGUGCUAAAAGCCCCACCCCCACAGACUUUUCAAAACAAACUGACGCCCUCGGCCACGCUGAACCAAUCAUGUGCUGAAUUAGAACCAAGUAGCAAACAACUUAUCUAAACCUAAAAUAUCGUGAUCCACUUUUAUCGCCCAGCCCUAGUGUUCGUGGACUUUGUUGUUUUAAAGCCCAAAGAUGCAGAUUCCACCUCCUCAGACGGUUUUAUCCUGCUGCUGACAGUAAAACUGAAGGUUUUAUUUUUAAGGGAAGUGAAGUCAAAGAAAGUUGGACUUCCUCGCCGUGUCACGGGAGAUGCAUGAGCGCUCACGCCGCCUUUUUCAUGUUGCACUUGAUGUAGUAUUCUUAUCAGAGAUUGAUUUAGUGUAAAUCAGACAAAGCUGAGCGCUAUAAAUUUCUCGUGACGCAGCGUCCAGCCGGAUGACGAAUGUGCAUACUUGGCCGUUCUCUCCCAGAAUAAGGAGCCGCAGCCUCCUGCGAGUCUGAUCGUACAUGUGGCCUUUUCCUUUUGUAAUAAAUUGAUAAGAAAGUAUCAGAAACACAUGUGUCUCCUUUGAUUAUGCACUUGUGCUGUGUGAAUCUCCCCGAACGAGAGUGAAUCUAUCAGCCGGCUGUCACUGAGUGGGAGGGCGUCGUCGGUUCAAGCUUGUACUGAUGAUGAUACAGAAAAAUGAUGUCUUCUUCUUCUUCUUCUUCUUCUGUCUGCAGAGAAAAGUGACGAUGAGGAGUUGGACAUCAAGCCGGAGAAAGGCAUCACGGGCCAGGGGAAGGGGGAUGAUGGGAAGGAUCCCAGGAGGCCCAAAAGACCACGAACCAUCCUGACCACUCAGCAGAGACGGGCCUUCAAGGCGUCCUUUGAGGUGUCCUCCAAACCCUGCAGAAAGGUACAAACCUCAGCAACAUGAGGAAACCUUCAGAGUAACCUCUGGUUUAUAUUUGGAGUAACGGACGUUGAGAUGCCGACCACGAGCCCUACAGUAGUUUCACAAAUAAAAUUCUCAAAUUAAAAAAAUCUCCCCACCUCACGGCGAGCUUUGAAGUGGCGAGCAGCUCUCUGUUCUGUGUUAACCGAGGCAGGCUGCUGUAACGCGGUCCGCCUGCACAAAAUAUCAAACUGAGAUAGGCGAAGUGCAGCGGGGCCAAGGCUUUGAAGAGCCAAUAACCGAGAGGUCCAAAAAAGACCACGGCGUUCAUUUCAACGUGCCUGUUGGGAAAUGUGGCAGAUAUGAGAGGGAGGCAGAGACCUCGGUGUGUUUGUCUUCAUGUGGGAUGAUGGGAAUCUUCUGUCUCGGCGCUUUCAGGUGCGGGAGACGCUGGCCGCAGAGACGGGACUCAGCGUCCGGGUGGUGCAGGUGUGGUUUCAGAACCAGCGAGCUAAGGUGAGAGCGGCGAACAGCAGAUACAACAGCCUUAAUCCAUCUCUGAGCCGGCCUCGUAAAUCAGCACAACUAUGUGUGUUAAACUUAUCACUGCAUUCCUUUCACAAACGUACCGAAAGGAAAAAAAACGAGCAGGAGGAGUUGCAAAUCUAACUCGCUCUUGCAUUAAAUGUCUACGCCCUCCUCUUUUCUGAUGAUUAUCUCCUGAGGAGCUUUGAUUCCCGACAAUGAAGUGCACUCUGAUACCGACUCGGAGCGGUUCACUCGAGGGUGAACAGCGAGGAGCAUCCUUUUUAAAUUAAAGAGUGCAUGUUAGUUUUGGGGGCUCCUCACAACUUUGACUCCUUUCGUUACAGAUGAAGAAGUUGGCGAGAAGACAGCAGCAGCAACAAGAACAACAGAACUCUCAGAGACUCGGCCAAGGUACGAAAGUGCACAAACUCGGCGCACACGGGGGGGAUCACUGUGGCGAAGCUCUUUGUCUGGGAAAUCCAGGAGCAGCUUUAUCAUAUUCUUUCACUUUUUCAGCUUCAUUUUAAUCCAGAACUGUUUCUGUCACUCAGUUAAAAAGAUCCUGUGAAAGUUUGAUGCUAAAGUCUGAUGUCUCAUAAAACUAUCAGUGUGUAAAUAAAGUUUCAAACAAGUGACCAAAAAGUUAAGAUGCUGCGUAAAGCGAUAAAAUCAGAAUUUAGAGGUUUGCAAAUGAUGAGAAAAGAGAAAAUUUCACAGUUUAUCAUGAAAUAUAUUAUUGCUUUGUGUUUAAUUGUUCUUAUUUCAAAUUUAAGAGCAGGAACAUGUGCUGAAAAAGUUAAAGAAGUUGUCUAAUGUUAAAGAAACAACACUUAAAAAACUGCUUAAUCUGAAUUUAAUACACUUCUGAAUGAAAGAGGUGAAUUUACAAACGGGUAACUAACAAAACUGGGUGUAAAAAAGUUUCAUAAAAGUUUGGAUGCUGCUUAAAAUGAUAAAAUCAGAAUUUAGUGGUUUGCAAAUGAUCCAAAUCGUGUAAUUAAACAGAGAAAAGAAAAAAAAUCACAGUUUAUAAUGAAAUAUAUUCUUGCAUUAUGAUUUAUUGUUCCUAUUUUUAAUGUAAGGACAGGAAUAUGUGCCAAAAAUGUUAAAGAAGUUGUCUAAUGUUAAAGAAACGAUACUCAUUAACUACUUAAUCUGAAUUUUAUAAACUCCUGAACUAAAGAGGUGAAUUUGGGAAGAGGUAACUAACAAAACUGGGUGUAAAAAAGUUUCAAACAAGUUACAAAGAAGUUUGGAUGCUGUGUAAAACAAUAAAAUAAGAAUUUAGUGGUUUGCAAAUAAUGCAAAUCCAGUAUUUAAACCGAGAGAAGAGAAAAUUAUAUAGUUUAAAAUGAAAAAAUUUACUACUUUAUGUUUUAUUGUUUUUAUUCUCAAUGUAAGAGCAGGAACAUGUGCCAAAAAAGUUAAAGAAGUUUUCUAAUGUUAAAGAAACAAAACUUAAAAAACGACUUUAUCUUAAUUAAAAACAUUUCUGAACUAAAGAGGUGAAUUUGCAGAAGAGUUACUAACAUGACUGAGUGUAAAAAAGGACAUUCAGACAGAAAACAGACCGAUCAGUGAGAGACUGCGUGAGAUAAUACCUCAACAGUUUUAAAAUAAUGUGUGUUAAAGGAAUGAGGACCAAAAUCAACUCUAGAUACAGUAGCUGUUUCUCUGCAGUGGAAGUCGCCGCAUCAACUCAAAAACUCCCUAAAACCAUCGUUGGUGAUCACAGUUUGUUGCUUCACUCACUUUUUGAAGAUGUCAUCAAACUCUUUAACUUUUCUCGUUUUCUUGAUUUAAACGUCGACUUCAGUCUUUUUAUGAGCUCCACAUCAGCAGCGGCGUCGUCCUCUAACACCGUGACCCUCUUAUUUAUCGACCGCUGCAGUAAAGAGUUCACAACUUUGACUCACAGAUGGCAGAGAUGUCUGAGUGUAAACACCGAGAGUCCGAAGUUUUGUCCCUCAGCCAAACAAAAUGAAUGUCGGACGUCAUCUCGCUAAGCCGGCGCAGAGGGGGGUAAGGGAUGGUUCUCAGUGAUAAAGCCACAAGAGUUCUUGGUUACCCAAGAGCCGAGUGUUUGUGGAGGGAAAUGUGGGAGAAGCCGCGUGGGGGGAACUACUGUGGGUUUCCAUGGGAACACAAACAGGAACCAGGAAACUAUUCAGGUGUUUGAGUUCAGCCGUAUGAAUGGAAACACUACCGUCUACGCCCUCGCCAUCCCGGUUUCCCUGCGGUCAUUUAGCGUGCGUGGGUUCAUUUACAUCCUGCACACUCAUCCCCCCCCCCCCCCUGUGGGUUUUCUUUGCAUCUCCUCUAAUCGUUUCGCUCUCGUUACCUUGCAGAGGUGAUGUCCAAUCGUAUGGAGGGGAUGAUGAACUCUUUUACGCCGCUGGCUCCGCCGCAGCAGCAGCUGGUCGCCAUGGAUCAGAACGGCUACAGCACGGACCCGUUCCAGCAGGGGCUCACCCCCCCACAGAUGCCAGGGGACCACAUGAACCCAUAUGGUGAGCAUCCACUAACUCCCACCCACCCCUCUCCCACACACACACACAUGCCUGCUGCCCCUUGAUCAACCUCAUAGCUCCCCAGCGUGGGACAUGUGUUUCAGCCGCAGCCCCCCUGAUUUAGGCCGCCGCUCACCGAGAUCAGCUUCUCCUCCCACAUGAGAUGACACCCAAGCGAGUGGGUUUGGAGCUCAUUUUGAAAAAGGCUUUAAUAUGGUUUCAGCUCCCCGCCUCCUCCUCUCAAACAUGUCCCGCUCCUGAUGAUGUUUCCCAACGGCGGUAAAAACAUGUGGUCAGUGCGGGCAGCUUCAGAUAAAUAACAGUGAUUGUUGAGGGCGUGUGAGCUAAUGGAUCAGAAUGUGAAAACAACAAGCCUCUGAUUUCUGAGCGAUGCAGGAAAGAAUUAAAAUGCAAACAAGGACACGGCGAGGAGGAGAGGGGGGAAAGUACGUCAAUCAAGAGUUAGUCCACAGGAUGUAACUGGAAUAACACAUUUCCAAGUGAUGUCCUCAACAGGCCCCAGAGGGACCAUUUCCUCAAGUUCAUAACUUCCUUAUAAUUUGCCUCCAUUUAGUUCUUCUCGGUAGUAAGAACCCAAAUCCCCGGUCUCAUCACUCGCCUUCGGUUUGGGGAAAAGAACAAUAUUGGCAAGGCAUUAAAAGAUAUGUCUCAAAUCACUGUCCCCAUUUUGUGCAACACUAUCAUUAAGAUCCAGAGUGUAAUAAAGUUAACUAUUCCCUCCAGAGAAAUAACACGUUGAGGUUUUAUGAAAGGCGGAAACACUUGCUAUUAACCAGAUCUUUUAGGAGGAUGCCCCUUGUUUACAUGCUCCCUCACAGACCGCAAUUGUCCCGGCGAGGGCAGCAAAAAGUGAGCUUUGAUGAUAACCAACAAAACACUUCUCCCGAUUGUGAUGACAUGCAACAGCAAUUUCUCAAAGUGACUAUUAGUAAUUAUAAUUUCCCAACGCUGCUAUAAAUCUCAACUACGAGAUUGCGCCGGUUUCAUAGUCAGAGCGGGGCGGCGGCGGUGCGAUUUUUGAAUGACGCCUCUGCCACCGAAUCCUGACGGCCGCUGUCUCUGUCUCCCCCCUCUCUCUCCGCAGGUAAUGACUCCGCUUUCCAUGACAUAGACAGCGACACGUCUUUAACCAGCCUCAGCGACUGCUUCAUGGCGUCCUCAGAAGUCAGCUCCAUGCAGGCCCGGGUGGGAAACCCCAUCGACCGCCUCUACUCCAUGCAGAACUCUUAUUUCGCGUCAUGA